CGGGGGCGGAGCCUGGGGAGCCGCGUUUUGCAUCGGGAGCCGGCGGCAGCGGCGGAGGAGGCGGCGCUGGCACUUGACCGGAGGGUCUCCUUCGGGUCCGCUGCCCUGUAGUGUGUUUCCCCCCUCACCCUGCCCCACCUUCGCGGCCGCCAUGUACCGGGCCCUGUACGGCUUCCGCUCGGCCGAGCCCAGCUCCCUGGCCUUCGGCGCCGGAGAGACCUUCCUGCUGCUGGAGCGGAGCAACCAGCACUGGUGGCUGGUGACCCGGGCGGGCUCCGGGGAGACGGGCUACGUGCCGGCCUCUUACCUGCAGCGCCUACAGGUCAGGCGGGGGGCGGCGGCGGGGGCAGGGGGGCGAGGGAGGCGGCGGCGGCGGCGGGGACGGCUGCCUCGAGGGGGGCGCGGCGGGGCUCCGGCCCCUUCCUCCUCCUGCUGCUGCUGCUCCCCGUCUGCCAUGGGUGGGAGGUGGGCCUUGCGCCCGUGUCCCCCCCCUCUUCCAGGUGUGCAAAGCACAGGCACGCAGCUGGUCCUGGAGGGUUUUCCAGGCGCAGCCCAUAACUUCGAGGGAAGGAGGCCAGUCCGGAUCUGCCUCGCGCGCCGCUCGUGUUUACGACUGCUUCGCUCUCCCGCGCACACCUUUUUGUCGCUGCGUAGGUCCAUGGGGCAGGAAGGUGCACCUGGCCAGGGCUUCCUAGUGCCGCCUAUGUAGCCUGGGUGCAGCUCCGGGCACAGAAGAAGCACUUCGGGACUGUGGAAGGAAGGGGCAGAAGCGUCCCCCACCCCCGGGGGCUUUGCUGCCUUUAGAGAGCUGCUGGGCACCCGGUGAGAAUGGUGCGCGCACCUUCUGGAAAGUUGGGCGGCACUGGCCUCUGGGUCUCGGCGACGCCGUGCCGCUUUGAGUUGUGUCAAGUGGCGCAGGGCCUGCUCCGAGGAGAUGGGCUGCUUGGCGUGUCUCACAUGGUGUGUUGACAGGGUAGGGGUCAAAUGACAAGACUCCUGAGACUUGAAGGUGACUCUGGGCUAGAGAGAGAGUUUCUCCUUGCUAAAGGAAGCCUCACUUUACAGUGCUUCCUAGUAGUGACUGUGUCACUUAGGACCUCUCCAUUUCAGAUCCUCUUCAAGGCUCUUUUGCGGAUGUUUGUCCUUGGUUUGUCCCUCAGUGGCCUGGUAUUGCUCUUGCCAUGCACUUUAAUUGACUGUGAUUUCUUAUAGUUGGACCAGGCAAGUGGUUAAAAAUAAAAAGAAUAUUUUGCAAAUCUUACAUCAGUAUCUGCUCCUAGUGUGCCAAAAGGAGGGGAGGAGGCAUUUCUCAUUACUUCCAAAUAUCGCUAAGUGAGAUGGAAACUGAUGGGGAUUGGUACAUAGGGAGAAAUGAAAAUAUGCAGUCUUUCUCAAGUAGCAAGGAAGAAAAACAGGUGCAGAAUGAAAGAUGGGAUAGUACUGUAUAUCAGAUGAGGUGCACCCUAAGAUGCUUAGCCUACACCUGCUUCUCAUUGCCCAAGGGAUGUGAUACAUGCAUUUGGUCCUAACUUUCACACUAGAAAGUCAAGCUCUAAUGUGGGCACGUUCAAGGCUGAGUUGCAUACAACCCAAGGUAUUCAUGGUAUACUGUAUUCAGAAACUGAUGGGGGGGGGGGGAGCUAACACACACUCCUUCCCUUUAUCUCUAGUGUUUGCAAAUCCAAUGACCCAUCUUUCACACCUGAUCUCCAUGAUCAGAAUAUAUAGUGCAUUGGAGCUCGAGUGUAUUGAUGUGGAUGAAAUGUGAAGGCAUUUGUAAUGCGGAAAAGGAAAAGGAAAAGCUAUGUGGCAGUUACUCCCAAAGGGAGCCUAUGUUGGAUGAUAGCCAUUACAAAGGAUUCAGAGCUCGACUAAUGCAUAUAUUUCUUGAUGUUUAUGUAUACAUGUGUGUGUGUGUGUGUGUAUACGUACACACACACACAAAAUCAGGCAGCUGUUUAGAAAGUAUAUCUGAAGCUGGCUUUCUGUGUCUACUGAGAAUACUGUGACUCCCUGAAUGCAGAGGAGAGCAGCAGUGGUUUCAAACCUCCUUGUAAUGUGGAUUAUAAUAGAGAGAGGCUAAUAACAGGCCUGUCCAACUACUGAUGAAGGGGCCAGACGGCUAAGCCUGAGCAAAUGUUGUAACAAUAGUGGCAGUAAUUAUAGCCAAGUCAGACAUGUUAGCAAUUAUGGAAAGUGAAAGAACAGAUUGCUUCAGCCCAAAUAGGAAUCAGAGUGAUGAGUGAAAACACCCUCCUCUCUAGUGUGAGGGUGUAUUUAGUGGAGAAUUCCUAGGGAUAGCAUAAACAUUGAAAUGUGAAUUUGCUUUGAAACAAACACAGCUUGGCUUAAAGCAUUUAGUUCUAAUGCUAGAAACUUGAACUUGUGCCUGAAGCAGCUGCAUAAAGAAACCAUGCUUUUGUGCUUAAUAGUUAUAAUUUACUUACUUAAGAGUCAAACUAGAGGUGAUGUUUGUCACAUAGUUUACUCUUGCAUCGUUGAUUCCCUCCCCCAUAUUUGGGGUGGGGGGUAGCCUCUUUUGGAACAGGCGUGGAAGAAGCGGAUCAUAAGUCUCUAACCCCAACCAUUGUCCUAACCUCCCUCACACUUGCCGUUUGCAGUGGGAGAAACACUCCCCUCUACCAAUGAUGGGAGGAUGCAACAUACUUCAUUGUAAUAUUUUAAUGCACAUAUGAAGCUUCCAAAUUUUUGAAAAUGCGAAAAUCCCCGAGUUCCCUCCCCCCAAACCCCCACAGCAUGUUUACAAGGCCCUAUAAUGUUUAGAACACACUUGUGUCUUAAUAUAGGCAAUUAAUUAGUGUGCAAAUUUUAAAGAAAUUGUGUCUUAAAACAGGUCCAUGACUCAUCAGAAGCACUGGCCUUUGUGCUGUUCAGGCUUCCCUAUGUUUCAGUUGCUUAUUUUUGAAAAGGCCUCUUUUGCUUCAGUAUCUGCCUGUCUGCCAAGAGAAAAAUGGGGCCAGUGUAAGGAUGGUGAAGCCUUGCCCCUUCCUAUUAGUGGUCCUGCCACAUCCUGCCAACACAUCCCUCUGUGGGCUGGAUAAAGUGGAUAUGUGGGGUUGGAGCUGAUGUAAACCAGCCCUGUCUGCUGUCCCAUGCUCCUUAUUUACAUUGAUGUGGACCUAGAACUUGUAAGUCAUUAGAACUUGUAAGUCAUAUUAAUUCAUGCUCCUUACUUCACGGGUAGCAUUUUAUAUUAUGUUGUGUUAUGUGAAGAGCUCUGAAGUAAAUGGGACAACCAUGACUGGUUAUGGGAAGUUGUGCUUUCAUCAUACAAUAUUUUUCGGCAACUGCUUUAUAAUGGAUAUUGGUCUGGAGCCUGUCAUUAAUUUAAUGUCCUGUCAGAAAGUACCUGAAACAUUUGUUUUUUGAACCUUGCCUGGUGCAUGAUUAUAGGAGUGUGUGCAAGAGAGUAUGCAGGGGAACAGGGAGCAGAAUACAUUCAAAACAGUAGACUGCACACUGACCUCUGCAAACAGCUUGAUGCCAGAAUUCCAGUUUUGUAUCAAAAAACUGAAAGGAUCAGACUGCAUUGGGGGUGCGAUCUUCAUUGAUGAUGUGAGGGUGGGAGAGAACAGUAUUUUUUUUUUAAUAACCAAAUUCAGCCAAACAGGAGUAGGGCAUUUUGGAAAUAGCUUCAAGCAUUUUUAGAAAUAACUGCACAAAAAAAGUUGUAUGUGGCGCCUUCCAUAGGGAGAUGCUGAGUUCCCUGGGGAGACAUAAAUGCCUCUCAUGGAGCAAAAUGCCAGCCUAUCCCCUGUCUAUGCAUGCAGUUGAGGAUCAGUGUCUCAAACUUGUAUUUAGCAAGCAUUUUCUUCUUCCAGCACCUUAAAAUGCAUUUUUGAGUCCAUCUUUUGCCAUCUUUUUGUCUGUAUACAGAAGAAAAAUAACUAAUGGACUAACUCAUCCCUUCUGGUUUAGGGAUACUCUGUAUUGGUUUUUAAGAGGAUUUGCUUUUUGAGCAAUCCAGAGAAGUGAACUCCCAACUAUGGGAGUUAUGCUUUUGAUGAUCAGUUUCUUUCCAGGUUAAAUUGCCAGCAUCUAUAGCACAUACUCAGGGACGCGGUUGGUAAAGGUAAAGAUACCCCUGCCCAUACGGGCCAGUCGUGUCCGACUCUGGGGUUGCGUGCUCAUCUCGCUUAAGAGGCCGGGAGCCAGCGCUGUCCGAAGACACUUCCGGGUCACGUGGCCAGCGUGGCCAGCGUGAGGAAGCUGCUCUGGCGAGCCAGCACCAGCGCAGCGCACGGAAAUGCCGUUACCUUCCCGCUAUAAAGCGGUACCUAUUUAUCUACUUGCACUUGGGGGUGCUUUCAAACUGCUAGGUGGGCAGGAGCUGGGACCGAACGACGGGAGCUCACCCCGCCGCGGGGAUUCGAACCGCUGACCAUGCGAUCGACAAGUCCUAGGCACUGAGGUUUUACCCACAGCGCUACCCAUGCGGUUGGUGCUGUGUUCUAAAUCACAGAGCCUAGGGCUUGCCAAUCAGAAGGUUGGUGGUUCGAACCGCCGCAAUGGGGUGAACUCCUGUUGCUUGGUCCCUGCUCCUGCCAACCUAGCAGUUCGAAAGCACAUCAAAGUGCAAGUAGAUAAAUAGGUACCACUCUGGUGGGAAGGUAAACGGCACGGUGCUGCUCUCGUUAGCCAGAAGCAGCUUAGUCAUGCUGGCCACAUGACUGGCUCCCUCAGCCAGUAAAGCAAGAUGAGUGCCGCAACCCCAGAGUCGUCCGCAACUGGACCUAACGGUCAGGGGUCCCUUUACCUUUAUAGCACAUGCUCUGUUCUUCAUAACACACUGUUUUCUCUUUUGUUGUGUUCAAGCACCAGAAACCUAGCUCUUCUGGUUGUUCAGUAACUUGCUGUUAAUUUAGUUGUGACUUUUUUCCCCACACCAGCCUAAAGACAUUUCUCCCAUGAGUUCAUUCUGGUAGGUACUUACAGUUGAGUUUAGCUAGCCUAAUCAUAGCAUCCUGUAUUGUAGAAUAAUUAGCCACUGAUUUCAAGGAUUUGCUAAGUUAUCCAUCUAUCGAUUUUCAAUCAAAACAAGGUUUAUUUUUUAAAUUGCUGUAGCAUAGCUAGGCCUAGUGAGCCCAAGGCUUCAAUUGCUAGGAGACAGUGUUCUGGUUGUUUACAGUGACCCGAGCAGGAGGUUUCCAGUGUCUUGGUGACUGUAGGACGGCAACCUCUGUCCCAAAUAUUUCUGAGCUGCUUUCUAACUUUCAGUGUACGUCUAUUGCUUCCAGUUUGGUGGUGAUGCAAGUGUUGAUGGAUCGAAGAUGCCAAUAAUAAUAUUUGGAAAUGAACCAAAUCUUUUAUAGAAAACCCGUGUACAAAAGAGUAGCUUAAGGGUUCAAGAGCUGUCUGUUCUUGAGUCUCAUUUAAUAAGUGCAUUGAUGCUAAUUAGCAAGAUGCUUAAAGGUAAUUUAUGUUGCCACGCUCGCUGCAAGAACAUUGCAUCAAAUGAUAAGUGACAGUGUGUUGAGACGAGAGAGGAUGUGUGGUGCCAAUGAGAAUCACUGUUGCAAAAAGUAACCCAGCAGCGAACUUCAUUAAUAAUGCAGUCAGGUUCCAGGUAAACUCCACAUGCUGCAAGAGCUACAGUCAGCGGAAGAAAACCUCCCUCAGCUGAUGGAACUUCCCAGUGGGAGUUAUGAACUGAUAUCACAGCAUGGCAAUUGAAAUAAUGUAAUUUAAAGUGGGAUCUCUGACUUAAAUUAAGGCAUUACACCUGUUAAUGCCACCUGCAUGUUUCCUUUGAGUUCUUCCAUCACAUCUUGGCUUCAAGGGGCAAAAUGCACAACCAGCUUUGUUUUAGAAAACGUUCUGCCAGGCUGUGUGAGUUUUCUCCAGCUUAGUGGUAUGUCAAGCUAUUUUUGUUCUGUGCAACUACAGAAUGUAUAGUGCUUCAGUGCAAAAUGGGGCACUGCUAGGGUUUUACUGUUGACCUGGUUGUAAAGAGCAGCUUGAGAAUUUGAGGGUCAUAUCUGGUGAAACCUAGAACACCAAAGGGUUAUUGAUUUCAGCUGCAAGUGCAUAACCUAUUAAUCCCUGUCCCUACAGGUUACCUGGAACAGAUGUCCAAAUCCAUCUUUUCUCUUGUCUUAUCCCCUACCAUCUUUCUCUUCAGUAAGAAAUGCCAGAUUAAUUCAUGCAAGAGUCCAAUUCAGUUUUACUUUGGUGAAUUGUUUUUCUCAUGUUCAGGAUCUGUCACAACAUAUUUGAACCGAAGAAGCUAGCAGUGAUCCUGGGCUUCCUUUUUUGCCUUCCCCUUGAAAUUGUGGCUUGAGUCACCUUGAGCGUGUUUCCUGACUGUGUGGCUAUUAUAGUCAUUGUCAUUUUGAACACAGAUGUAGAAAGAGACAUAGUGGUAAAUGAAAGGUCCUUUUAAGCCAGGAAAUGUGUUUAAAUUCAUGAUGCAGAUUUUAAGUUCUUGGGCACAGAAUUUGUUUGAAUUUGCAUCCAUAGUGUUUUUACUCGCAUGGGGACGGGACGGGACAGCAGCUUCCAUGAAGUUGUGUCAACACCACAAAGAUCUGGUAAACUGCUUCUUACUCAGCUGCAACGAUAAUGGGAGAGUUUAAUGUAAGCAAGCCUUCAGUGCCUAGAGUUUUGGAUACAGGAUCUGAGGUCAGCUACACUGUAGGGAACAAUGACUCGAACAGGUGCUACAGCUGAGAGGUAUGAGAAGCGCACCUGACAGCAUCAUCUGGUUAAUUGCUUGGAGUUACUUGAGAGUCCCUAGUAAGUGCUGCCAAUAGUUUAAUGCAAAGCAGAUGUUGUGGUAGGAAAACCAGCCUAUGAACUUCACAGUGUCUGACUGAACAGGAGGAUGCCAGUUGUUUGAAGAUCUCAAGAGUGUAAGAGUGAUACUUAAAGAGGUUGUGAACAGCAAAAAAAGUGUGGUGGCUACAAUGGAAGCUUUCAUCUGAGGCAGAGAAUAAUUUAUUGUAGAUAGAAGAGUGAAGUUUUAUAUGGAGUAAUAAAAAAAAUCAAUUUAAAAGCUUCCUCAGGAGAAAGGGAUUUAUUCUGUGUGUCAAGGAAGUGAAUAGUUGCUGAAUAGGAAAGAAAGCCCAAUGUAACAAAUGAGGGCCUUAUGGUUAGGUUAAACAGUCCAUACAUUAUCUUAAUAGUAAAACAUGUAAUCACUUAAUGGGAAUCUGGAUCUCUUCCAAGUUUCAGCUUUUAGACCAUAAGGGUUUGGAUUGCACCAUAGCUGUACAGGAUCUUUGUCAUCAAAGAUGAAAGUGAGAACAAUAUUGCCUCUAUCUCUGCUGUUGAAAUCAUGACACAAAAAAAUAACAAUUUAUUAUCUGUUGCUGUAGGACUGUUGUCUUCUGUCUUUGAGAGUGAGAUGAGGAAAAGACUGGCUCAGCUGUCACUGUAGCCUGUUUAUUCAGUUGCGGGAAAUGGUCUGUGAAAUAUUAAUCUGUUUUGAAACCCUCAUACGUGCAAGCAGGCACAUGGGUAACCAGUUGCAGCACGGCUACAUGGGUAGAGCUCAACAUGACCAUGAGCAGCUCAUCAGGCAGGUUGGAUGGAUUCCAGCCAUGGCAGUGCAAUUCCAGCAAAAAAUAAAAUAAAAAAAUGGGGGGGGGGUUGCAUUGACAUGGCUAAUCUAUAUGAACCAUGUAGAGAGCUUCUCUUACAUAUGGUUCGCUACAUGUAACUGCGCCCUUGCUGUGGCUUUAUUUAAGAGCACUUGUUACCAGCUUAAUAUCACAAAAAAUCUCUUAAGUGGCAUACAAAGCUCAGAAUAUAGAACAGUAUAAAACCAGGCAUCCCACAUCAUUGUAAUAAUGGGUAAAACACAAGUCACAAUUGUCAGGUACAGGGGUCCAGUUUCAGCAACCAAAUGCAGAGGUCAGGGAAAGCGUGGGGAAAGAAAUAUGCCUUUUAAAGAUCUGUAAAACACAACAGAAGUAUGGCAGAAGGAAGAGCAUUUCAAAAUGCAAGGGCACAAUAGCCCAUAGGACUUGUUGCUACAAGUAAGAUCUCAGAUGAUUGAAGUGAUCUAUCUAUGGGCAGGCAGUCUUUCAGGUACCCUGGCCUGAAGUUGUUUAGGGCUGUAUAUGUCAACAGCAAGACAGCCAUGGACCAAUGGAUGAAUCGGAUCUGUCUUUUGAGCACUGUGGUUUUUCGUUGUGGCAGGUUAAUUCAGACUUUUAUUUCAUGUCAAACUCUGAGCAUUCCAUGCAACUGAUUGUAGAAAGGGUCUUUAAAGGAUGAGUGGUGAGGACAGAGCAAUGAGAACACAGCAGAUGAGUCAGGGCAGGAGGUUAAGGAUAAUGGCCAACAGAAGAAGCAGUGCAGGAAUGGGGAACCUCCAGUUCACAGGCCAGACUUGACCUGCCAGGAAACCACACCCGCCUGCCCUAUACCUGAAAUCAGGUGUGUGGCAGGUAACUGUGGGGCUUCAAAGAAAAUGGGCUACGUAGUUGCUCCAUGGCUGGAGCAAGGUUCCUUUGUUGGAAUGUGCCUUGCUCAGCAAGGAGAAACAGUAAAUAUUCUGUUGGAACUGUGUCUCCCUCUCUGCGCUUUGAAGCCUCCCUGUGCUUCUUUCCAUCCCCACCGUGGUGGUCAAGGAACAACUGUGCUCCCAAAUGUUCUUUUGCAGUGGGGUUUCAUUUGGUGCUGGAUCCAAUCCCUGCUGAAAGCAGUGGGACUUGCAUUUGGUGCUAAAUUUAAAAAGGACUGAGUGCAUGCUUCACUGCAAAGGGACAACUGGGAUGAUACUCUCAGCUGCGCCCUCCCAGUUGUUCUUUGGCAGCAGGGCUUGCAGUUGUCACUGUUUAAAUUCAGUGCUGAAUGCAUCUCUUCCACACCCCAUUGCUUUUGGCAGGGAUCGGGUCCACCUUAAGCCAGGUGAUUGGCAGGUGGGCAGACCCCACCCACCUGUCAGAGGUGGCCCACAGAGGGUCGGCCUCCUGGACAAAAGUGGUUUCUCCUUCUAGGAGUUAAGGAAGUGCACAAGUCUAAAAAAAUACAAGCCAUUCUGUUUAGGUGGCUUCCUGCUUUCAGUGAGUUCUCAUUGGAACGGCCUGUGUUCACGUGCUCAGGCUGGUUUGCUGCUUGAACGCUGCUUCCAGUCUUUAGUGUUGUAUCCUUCCUCGUGUGAGUUCUCUUGUCCUUCCCCCAGCAGUAUUGACCAAGUUCAAGGGUUAAUCUUGCACUAACCUUAUCCGUGGUUAAUGCUACCGGAGUUCCCUCUGUAAGCAGAGAUUGAAACCAAGACAUGAACCUGGUUUGCAAACCAUGGUUAAAAGGGAACCUAUUUAGCAUAAAGCAUGCUACUGUAAGUCUUCGACUGUACCUGUGCACCUCAGAGUACCUUGGGCCUUUAUUGGACUGACCUCUGAGUAGAAGUGGACAGGAUUGCACUGCACACUGAGAAUGCAACUACAAAACGCUAGCCAUGGGACUGUGUGCUCCCUACCCCAACCCAUUUAUGCUUACUCUGGUGACUAGAUUUCUACAGUUGUAUUCUCAGUGUGCUAAACUUGAAUUUGCAGUGAAAUGGUGUGGAAGGUCUACUGUUUCUUUUGAUUGGACACUUCUUCCAGUCUGGGAAUAGGAUUUUUAAUUGCCUAGGUUCACUCUCUAGUGUGAUUAAUACUGGGUUAUUUUAAGCCAUGUACAAUGGAGCUAAUACUCCCUCUCUCAGUGGACUAGAGGAUUUUUGUGACAAAGGAGGUACCACUGCAAUGCCAAUUUUAAAAGGAGCUGUUCUCCUAGUUUAUUAGUCUAAUUUCGAGUCUUCUCUUUAGAGAAAACAAAGGCAUUGCCCAUGGAUUAUAGCAAGGUUUGUAGCUUCUUCCUUGCUCUGAUCUCCCUGCCUUAAUCAAAGCCUCUGAGGAUCAAGCUCAGUUCUGACAGCUCUAUUAUGCUGGCAGUUAAAACCUUUGUUGCUUUACAGUGCUAAAGAGGGCAAAAAUAGCUACCUUAGUGGCUCUGGCUAAAAUUGCAAAGGCAGGCAUUUAACAGUCUUAGAUCAGGUGAAGCUGAGUAAGACCAGGUGGUGUUCCUUCCUCCUUUGAGGCUACAAGAGCUAUGUGCAGAAUUGGCCUGAUGUCCUGCUGCAAAAACUUGCUCAUACUUACUCGGGAGUAAAUUCCACCGUGUUCUGUGGGCUUGCUUCCAGGUUCGUGUUCAUAGGAUUGGAACUCCAGUGCAGUAAAUACUUAUGAAAGAUUUUCUUCGAUAAGCUUCUUUAUCAGUUUCUGCAGAAUUCUCUAAAUGUCAGAUUUAGUGAUUAUCACUGAAUCUCAGUGCUAUAUUUUGUUUCUUAUUAUAGAGCCAUAGGAACAGCACCACGGCUCAGGCAUCUUGUUUGUCCAGCAUUAACAAAGUCUGAAAAUCCUAUUUUUCCAAAACUGAGGGUUUGUCCUUUCAGUACGUGUAUAAGGUUUGGCAUGGGCAUCUGCUUCAUAAGGGAUGUAGGUGGCCAGUGUGUGCUUUUGUGUGUGUGUGUGUGUGUGUGUGUGUGUGUGAGAGAGAGAGAGAGAGAGAGAGAGAGAGAACGAGAACAGUGCUUUGUGUUUACAUGUGGGAGGAGGGAAAGGGGUCGCUGCAUGAGAGAAGGUGUUAGGAGUGAGGUGCUGCAUGUGUAUGUCAUUUGGUCAGGUCUAUUUCCCGUUGAAAAAUGUGUAUGUGUUUUCUACAUACCAUAUUUUCUCUCUCUCUUUUACUCUUACUCUUACUGUAUACUUUGUCUUGUGACUUCAGUUGUAGCCUCUGGGUUGACUCAUUCCUUGAGCCAUUGAAAUUCCUGCCAUGGAUUUACUUGAUCUGCACUCUGUGAUAAUAAUGGGCUACAUUCCAAAGUUGUUAUAAACUACUCUGUGUUAGCCCCCACCCCACCCCUUUGGGCCAAUGCACAAUACUGCAUUGCAAAAUUGUAUGCCGACUAUACUUCUGGACCAAAUGACAAAUGAUGAGCAAAACAAAGAGGCAAGGUGGGGGAUAAUUAAAAUGGCCUACAUUUUACAGGGCUGAUGUAAAGUGAUUUCGACACAUAAAAGUGCAGUAUAUAAGUAUUUAUAAAGCCACAGUGAUGUUAAAUCUUUCUACUUUAAAGAUGGCUCAUGUGAUUCUGUGAAUUGUUUUCAAAAACAAGAAAUUGUAGCAUUAUAAAACCUCUAGUUUUAAGACUUCAGACUCUUACAGAUUCACACAUGUACAAAAAAAUCACGGAAAUUUCAAGUUAAAGGAAGAACCUUAAGUUGUAUGUCAUGCAAGCAGCAAGUACUCCAUACGUACACUCAUUCUUGUUCUGUGCACACUUACAACUACUUUCCUUUGUCUUUCAGCCCCAGGCCCCUUUCUCUGCUUAGGGGAACCACUGAUACUUGCUCUCCCAGCUCCAUGGUCCCAGUUCAGAUUGGCUCUGAUGGCUGCUCUUAUUUGGCAAAAUUUGAAAAGAUGGAAGAUUCAUUCACAGAUCUGUGGUCUCUCUUAUUUUGGCAUUUAAGAUACAGUGCAGGCUUUAUUCAAUCGUGGUUCUGCACAGUUGUUCCAUGCUUGUAAACAUUUAAUUUUGACAUCAUAUUAUAUUUAGCUAAAAGAUAGCUAGGUGUAGCCUUGGUCUCCUGUUACUAGGAUGAUAAAAGCAGCAGCUUGAACUGGAGGAAGCUCUUCUGAAAGUGACAGCCCUUUAUCAUAAUAUGUUUUACAAAUGAAUAGCUUAUUUGGAAAAACUAAACAAAUGGAGAACGAAUGCAGAAAAUGCAUCACCUGGCUUAUUGGUAAGUUUUCAAUUCCUUACAGUUAAAAGUAAUGAUACAAAAUGUAGUAGCAAACGUUGAAAAUAUGUUGAUGGAAAGUUUAACAGUUGGGGUGGCAGGGUUGGGAAAGGAGAUAUGAACAGAGGAGCUAAAAUAUUCUAGGCCAGAAUAGCUGAGGUUCCCUUUCUCCCUGUCUUCAUACAAGAAUAACCUGGCAUGCAAUGAAUCGAGAGUAAAUACUCUGCCAACAAGCAGUCUGUGAAAUUCACACCCACAGCAUAUUGCUGAGGAUAUAUAUAGGAAUAACACUGCUGCUUUAAUAAAAUUGUGAAGAUAAGCAUUUGUUUUUGUGUUCCAGAGUGCCUGCCACAAGGUUUUCAAGCAAGCCAAAGUUCCUCUAAAUAUCUACCACACUUGCUCUUGAACUGCAGGAUUGGGCUAUUUUGAGGGGGGUGCUUAAGAAGACCCUUGAUGGAUCAGAUCAAAGACUUACCUGGUCCAGCACCCUGUUGUCAAAAGUUGUCAAACCCAAAAAUCUUGGCAGUUUAUUGCCAUGGUGAUGUUUAGUCUGAACUCGUUGAUAUAUUCGGCUAUUAUGCUGUUAAUUGUUUUUAGUUUUUCAGGGGGCAUUGAAAUGGUUUUUUGGGGGGAGGUUGUAUUUUGAAAUAAGGGUGCUGUGGUGGUUGUAAUGGUCUUUGGCUAAAAGCAAUAAAAGCGUAUUAACCACAACAAACCAGAAUGGAGGGGAGGGGGAUAUUUCCUUCUGCCUGUUAGAAUAGCAAAGAUACUCAGUGGGAAUUUUAUUUGAAAUUAGAUUGAUCAGUUGCUAUAGUUAGCUUCCACUAAUUACUAUAGCUAUACAGUAUUUUUAUUGGAAAUCCCAUUUUUGCACCAUUCAUAGUAAUUAAAGUUUAUAAGCUAAUGAUUUUUGGACCUUUUAAGGUGAAUAUGGAUAGACUGUGCUCAUUUCUGGCACUUUGAGCAGAAAUAAAUUGAAGCCUUGGUAUUGAAUAAAAUUGACCACCAUGCUUGGAUUCCCAAGUUUGAGUGACGUUGGCAAUCCAUUGUUCACAGAUUCUGUCAGGCGAUGCCUCUGCACAAACAACUCUUCACUUAUUCAGACAGCAUAGCACUGGAGCAUGCUAGGGAUGUGUAAACCUCUUUACAGAAUUUGCUGUGAUGACAUCUGUCAUCCAGUGUUGCCCUGAUCACACAAGUUGACCUCUCCCUUAAGCAGUUGCAGAAGAUUCAUUUUGAAACAGGUUUCAACCCAGUCUAGAGCUGUGGGGCUGGGUUAGAAGCACUCUAUAUUCACUCCAAACACUUUCUCUUUAAAGGUUAUGCUCAGAAAAAAAGGUUAUUUUAAGUCUGUGGCAUUGGCCACCAUACAUGGUUCUGAUUGGUUGCCAUUCUAUGAUGUCACCAAGACCACCCACCCUCACAUUCAGAACGUCUAGAUAAUGAGGGCAUAAAUGUGCAUGCAGCACUUAAAAAAAUGAAACAGGCAGAAUAUGGGGAGCAUGUGGAGAAGAAUAAAAGUCAGCUUCAUUGUUUGCAAGGCUCAUCCAAAUUGCAAAGCAAGGGUGAAGCCAAGCUUAUCUAUGCCUAAGGUCAUGUUGUGAAUUCUUUUUAUAUUGGGCUCUGUCUUCAACUAGAGGGGUAAAGUCCACCUUGUGAGUUUUGAAAUACUACAUGUUUUGGAAAUGGGGAAAUGGGUUGAUGUCCUUUCUAAGUGUCAGCACAUUUGAAAGAUGUGUUCAUGCUAGCAGUCUGGUUUACUGCUAUAAUUACCCCUGGAAGUGGCUCUGCCCUGCAGAUUUAUCCUUUUUCAGUAGCAGAUGGGUGUUAAAGUAUCACAAAAAGCACCUAGCAGAAGUUUCAAGCAUGCUGGGGAUACAUGUUGGAAAACAAUUAAAGGGUGUCUGGAUAGAUAGAAAGUUCUGCAUUUGCAUUUUUCUGGACACAUAUACUUGUUGGGGCUUUUUAAAGAUAGGAAGCUGAAAGUAUUCUCUUUAUGCAAGGCAAUAUGAAUGGGACUUCUAUUGAUAUUGGGGAGGGGAGUAAAGACAGAUUCAGUGCACAUGGCAGAGGCAGUACAGACCACUCAGAAAUGUGCUUUUACUGCUGAAGUUAAUGUUAGGUUAGUCCACUGAUGUUUGAAGAGGUAAGUGUGAAUGUGUCUAAUUUUCAAUUUGGGCUCCCUUAGAGGUCUUUAGAGUACUUGACGGAUGCAUCUUGGUAUCUUAUUUUAGAAAAAUAAAAAUUCAAUAAUGCUUCUUUUCCUCGUGAGAUUGGGAAUUAAUGUCUGAGAAACCAUGAUAUGCUGAAUUGGAAUGGAAAGCACUAAAGAGAAAUACAGUUGCCAUUGGUACUAAUUGAAAUGAUUUGCAUUUGCUGACAUGUUGUGUAACAGCAGAGAUAAUUGAGCCAUACUAGAAGAAAAAUGCCUGUGUUGUGAGAAAUAGGGUUGCCCUAAGGAGAGGCUGAGAUGUAGGGUACUCUGGCUCUGAGCACAGGACAUACUGCAUAGUGCCCUAGUUGCAGCUAUAGCUAUUAUCAUGCCCCUUGAGAUAGCCAGCCAAUCUGCUUGCUUCCAAAUAGGCAUUCACUUCCAUUCAGCAGGUGUAAGCUGAGAAUCUCUCUCCUAUCCUUUACAGGAGCAAUACUUCAGGGUACUGCUUCCCACCUUAGCUUGAGGGAUCCCCGGAAAGAGCAAGGCAAGUGGUAGAGCAGCAGCUGAUCUGUGGCUUGCCUCACUGCAACUCUUAAAUGCUCUCUGUAAAUAGGAUUUUGCCAGUGGUCAUCAGAUCCACCCAUCAUGCAGGUGGAUCCCAGGUGCCUCAAACAGGAAAUAGUUUUCCCCUCUUAAACAGUCUACUGACAGUGCCCAUCUUACAUACUCUCUUGAGGCCAGUCACUCUUCAAGCAUGUAAUCCUUCGCCCUUUUAAGUCUUGCAUAGGUGCCAUACACAUUUGGCAGGAAUUUUAAAGACCAUCUUCACCGUUCUAUUUCGCUUCCUAGCAUCUCUCAUUAAACAAUCCCUCAUAGCAGGGCCUGGAAAAACCUUUAUCUGAGACUUCAGGUGCUGUUGGGGAAGACAAGACAUGACUGGGUUGGAUAAACCAUGGGUCAGACUUUCCAUAUCAAGCCACAACAUCAGCAUGUGUUUCCUUGGCUGCAUGUUUUGUCUCAAGCUACAAAGGUAGAGGGAUGUAUGUCUCUCUCUCUGUGUGUGUGAUGUUGCAGCACAAGUGUUGACACAUGGCUUGUGCUCAAACGCAUGUCCAAAUCAUGGAUGUUAUGGAACGUACUGGAAGGAUGCUUCAUUAUUGCAUGUACAUAGUUAACCUCUAUGCACAGCUAAAAUGAGGGGAUGGCCAUGCCCACAGGAUUAAUGUCAAAUAAAAUUAUGUUAAGGUUGUUCUUCUAGGGAAGGAGAAAAGGAGCCCUGUAAAGAUUUGGUGGGAUAGUUGGAGUUGUAUCUAGCUAAAUCAUUGGAUGCAUGGAACAACAUCCACAAGAAAAACAGAAUUUUGCUUCUGCCCUUUGGAGCAGAUUUGGGGGUGGGAAGGAGGAGAAGGGGAAGGUCUGUUGCACUAAUGGAAGGGAUUCUGUGCACAGUGAUCUCUUUGGAUCCAACCCAGAUCCUCUGAGCACAACCUCCAUGUGUGUAGUAGAAGAAUGGGAGUAACAGCAGAGGCUUGGUUAGAAAUCUAGUCCCUUAAAAAGCACUGAUAAGUAAGUAGAGAUCAUUUUUGCAAGCGUUGAUAUUUGGCAGUGGCUAUUCUGACCUUGCUGAUAAAGAAAUCCUUUAUAGGGCGUGUCAGUGUCUCAGACCUGGGCAAACACUUAGGCCUCUGUUUCUGUUGCAGAGACCAAUCUUUUCUCUUCCUCUUUUGGUAGAGUUUCAGUGUAAAUAAAAAUAAACAGAAUUUUUAAUAAUGUCUUGGCGCAGUUCCCGGUGAACAAUUUAAGCUUCAUUCUGUCUCUAGCUAAGAUUAUGUAUUCAGCAACUGAGCUGUCAGGGAGCUAGUAAAAGGAUAAAUCCUGAAGGAGUUUUGAAAAUUAAAUACAAAAUAGCCCUGAUACACAAUCAUAGUAUCAGUCUUCCAAAAAACAAACAAACUCCUUUCGUUCUCUAAACUUAAACACUGACACGAGUGGUCAGCAGUAACCCAAAUUACAUAGCCACCAGGUUGUGAAGGAUCCACAGUGUGCAAAGUAUUAAAUAGGUAAUUAUAUUAUUCUGUGAUUCCGGAGAGGCUUAAAUUGCAUCCUUUCUUCAUUACUGUAGCAAUUUCAGUUGUAUAAUUUGUUUUGCCACCAGAUGCAUUUUGAAUAAAUCGUUGCAAAUGCCAAGCAACCAUUUGGAGCCCCAUUGAUCCUAACAAACCCAUACCAAAUCCAAGAGCUUUCCUUUCUGAUAUAUAUGAUUAGGUUGUAUGUUUGGGAAGUGUGUUAGUGCCAGUGAAGGCAUCUUCAGAACUAGCUUGCUACAUUGCUGUGGAAAGUGCAGCAUCUUGCACAACGCCAUGUUAAACAUAUUUUAACUCUGCUCACGAACAAAUGCAGUAAAGCAACAAAAUAAAUCUGCCUGACAGGUGACAAACUAGAUUCCUUCUUAAAAUGCUGAUAAUCAAUAAAAACGAACCUCUUCUAAUCCAUUGUUGCUGCUAAAAUAAAACGGAGUACUUCAUUGUAAGUCAGAGAGGCGACUUAAACACUACCAAGAAAACACAUGUGUUUUCCCCUGCUAGAGACGGUUGCCAUCUGUCUGUUUUUGCUUUUGUUCUAGCUGUGGGUUGGAUCAAGUCUGGAGUCAUUUAAGCGUUUAAGAGUUGAAGUUAGUAUGAUGCAGGCAUCAUUUUCCGUGGUAAAUGCACUCAAAUAUAGGGCCCACCUUUAAAAUAAAAUAAAUGCAUUCCACAGGUGACCCUGGAAUGACUGAACAUGCCAGGAACAGUUUGGUAUCUUCAGCGUGUGUGAACUGUUAUGUUAUCUUCACUUAUAAUGGAUCUGUUAGCUUUCCUUUUGAUUCUCAUGGUAUGGUGCAAUGUGUUUCCAUUUCUAUAUGUGCUAGCACAUAUAUUUAGAAAAUGAUAGUUUAAACUCAACAAGAGUCUUGCUGGAUCAGGCCAAAGGACCAUUUAUCCAGUCUUCUGUGGCCAAUCAGAUGCAAGCAGUACUUCACCUGCAACGGCCCACUCUACGCUUGUGGUGUUCUCAGCAAGUGGUGUUCAGAGGCAUACUGCCUCCCACAGUGGAGUUGUUGUUGUUGUUGUUUAGUCGUUUAGUCGUGUCCGACUCUUCGUGACCCCAUGGACCAGAGCACGCCAGGCACUCCUGUCUUCCACUGCCUCCCACAGCUUGGUCAAACUCAUGUUCGUAGCUUCAAGAACACUGUCCAACCAUCUCGUCCUCUGUCGUCCCCUUCUCCUUGUGCCCUCAAUCUUUCCCCAACUUUAGGGUCUUUUCCAGGGAGUCUUCUCUUCUCAUGAGGUAGCCAAAGUAUUGGAGCCUCAGCUUCACGAUCUGUCCUUCCAGUGAGCACUCAGGGCUGAUUUCCUUAAGAAUGGAUAGGUUUGAUCUUCUUGCAGUCCAUGAGACUCUCAAGAGUCUCCUCCUGCACCAUAAUUCAAAAGCAUCAAUUCUUCGGCUAUCAGCCUUCUUUAUGGUCCAGCUGUCACUUCCAUACAUCACUACUGGGAAAACCAUGGCUUUAACUAUACAGACCUUUGUUGGCAAGGUGAUGUCUCUGCUUUUUAAGAUGCUGUCUAGGUUUGUCAUUGCUUUUCUCCCAAGAAGCAGGUGUCUUUUAAUUUCGUGACUGCUGUCACCAUCUGCAGUGAUCAUGGAGCUCAAGAAAGUAAAAUCUCUCACUGCCUCCAUUUCUUCCUCUUCUAUUUGCCAGGAGGUGAUGGGACCAAUGGCCAUGAUCUUCGUUUUUUUGAUGUUGAGCUUCAGACCAUAUUUUUGCUCUCCUCUUUCACCCUCAUUAAAAGGUUCUUUAAUUCCGCCUCACUUUCUGCCAUCAAGGUUGUGUCAUCUGCAUAUCUGAGGUUUCUUCCGGCAAUCUUAAUUCUGGCUUGGGAUUCAUCCAGUCCAGCCUUUUGCAUGAUGAAUUCUGCAUAUAAGUUAAAUAAGCAGGGAGAUAAUAUACAGUCUUAUCGUACUCCUUUCUCAAUUUUGAACCAAUCGGUCGUUCCAUACCCAGUUCUAACUGUAGCUUCUUGUCCCACAUAGAGAUUUCUCAGGAGACAGAUGAGGUGAUCAGGCACUCCCAUUUCUUUAAGAACUUGCCAUAGUUUGCUGUGGUCAACACAGUCAAAGGCUUUUGCAUAGUCAAUGAAGCAGAAGUAGAUGUUUUUCUGGAACUCUCUAGCUUUAUAGGCUUAUCCAGCAUGAAUCUGCCUUAAGCCCUUUAAAGGCCAGUCAGUUUUAUAGAAGGCACCAGCACCACUGGAAAUUGCUAUUGUACCCAGGUAGUUUCCUUUCAGUGCUAGGAAAGGAAAACACUUAAGUUUACAAAAUAAUAAUAAUAAAAAUAUUUAUGGCCCAGCUACUCUGGGCAACUUACAGCACAUAUAAAAACAUAGUAAAACAUCAAACAUUAAAAACUUCCUGAUACAGGGCUUCCUUCAGAUGUCUUCUAAAAGUUCUGUAGUUCUUUAUUUCCUUGACAUCCUAAGGGAGGGCGUUCCACAGAGGGUGCCACUACUGAGAAGGCCCUCUGCCUGGUUCCCUGUAACUUUGCUUCUCGCAGUGAGGGCAACAAGACACAUGUGGACAGAAAUGCUCAUGCUGUUAUGCCAUUGUGGUAUUUACUUAUGAGUCGAACUACUCCAGUUUCUCUCUUCUGUAGCCUAGCUAAUGUUCUUGCCUUUCUCCCGACUCCCAUUUAUGGCUUGCACGGUAGUAUCGUUUGGGUAGUGCAUGAGUACAUAGGGGCUAAGUACUCUGAUGUUUUGUUAGAGGUUUGUUUUAAAAGAUUGAGCUACAAGGCAAGCAAACACCAUGUACACACCUGACUUAUAUGUUACCUGGGUGCAUAACCUUACAUGGUCUCGUUUGCUAAGUAGUUUGGUGUAAGUGAUGGUGACAUUACAAGCACAUAAUGCAUUCGUUGCAUUUUUCUAAGUGAUCACCAGUUGAAUUCACAGAUGAAGAAACAUGGACUGACUCCCCUCCAUGGAAAGAGUUAAGUGUUCUGCCAUCAGUAAUGGUGAAAUUUUAUGAUUAUGGUUCUUUUGGUUGUCGAUCUCACCACAAAAUUGGGCAUUCUCUAGAAAGUUGACCCUGAGGGACUUAUACCUUAUUUAUUUGUGUACUUACUGGAGAGUUGCACAGCUAUAUCUCUGUCAUUAUGCCAUUCUUAAAUAACAUACUGUAUACUGUGUGGAUAUGUGCAUUUUGACAAAACCGUUUAUCAUAUCAAAUGUAUGUGAAGGCCCAUCACACAUGAAAUAGCUGUAUUCUAGACAUUUUUCUAGUCCUUCACACCAAUUUCCUCCUGUUCUCCUCCCCUUGUGUUAGCAGAGAUCCAUUUAAUAAGCAGUAUUAGAGAAGGUUAUAGCCUUUUGAAUUGUAGUAUCUUGCCUCUUGCAUUAUAGAAACCUAGGUGGUGUUCCUUAUAAAAUAUAAUGCUAGAUAUAAUAAAGGAUGAAUGCUUUUGGAGGUAACAGCUAUGUGAGUAGUAGAAAUUUAUUACUUACAGUGAUGACAUAAAUAUUCAUUCUUUCCUUAGCCUGUUGUUCACUGCUGUAUUUAUUCACACAGAUUUUAGUGUGAUGUUAAAAUGCUGCUAACCCUUUUCUUUGUUCUUUGGAUAUUUAAUACAUUUAUUUAUUGGUUGAAGCAUAAUUGGAUCUGUUCUUUUUUAAGCAAUGUACAAGAGCUUGCCCUAAAGUGAAGAGAAUGCAGACUACACAACAUAAAGUCUAUUUAAAGGCUGAAAGGCAGAACUUUAAAUUGCAGCUGAGAAAUUUUGAAGGAAGCUGUUUACAUCUCACCACUAUGCUAAUCUAUUGGGAAAUAUGAUAGACAGCCUUGCUUUUUCUACCCAAGUUAACAGGCUCCCACUUGAUAUUGGCUGUGGAAUUGUUGCAAACACUUUUAACUGCUUGUAACUCUUAAUGCAUCUUGUGUUUUUUGAGAGUAGACAACAAAUGGCAAGUGAAUAGCACAUAUUAGAAAAUGGUGCUUGCAAAAUGUGUUCUGAAUUAACAGUGAGCCAUAGGAACUUGCUGACACUUAUCUGAUCCUUAAAAAAUUACUUACUUAGAAGUAUUCCUCUCUGGUGGCUUGGAUAUCUGGGCAGUCCAUGUAUAUAUUUGAAUUUCACCUUUUUAAAGGCUUAGUAUAGGCUAAAGUAAAUUUAAACUGCUUGAAUAUGAAAACUCAUUAUACCAUCCAAAUAAAAUGUACCCUAGUCAUCUGGGCAGCCCAGGACCUCCAUAUUCACAUCCCAGGCUUGUGCCCCAUGGAGGUCACGUCGGUGCUGCCAAUGCAGCGGUUUGACUUCACUCCCAGAGGUGCACUCCAUUGUCUCUUGAGACUGACAGAGACUCUAGGUGGCUCACAGAUAAAAUAAGAACAGCUAAAAACAUAGGAAAAAAUAAGCAUUCAACAGUUAUAGUAGGCCAGCAGCCUGAUUUUCCCCUGGCUAUUUUUAUUACAAUAAAUGUGCAGUUGAUAACUCCAUUUUGUGUAGCAUUCCAGGUCUUUCUCCGCUGAAAUAUUUUGUUGCUGGGAAAUUUAGGGUUUCCCUCAGGUAGUGUGUAUGUUGCAGUUAUGAGUAUUGUGUGGAACAUGUAAAAGCCCCCUAUUGCAUGGACCCUGUGAUAAGCGACACAGCUUUAUGUCCCUAAUUACCUAAAACACUUUGGGAACUUUUUAAUUUUAUCGCUUUUUCCCUGAAGGUUUAACAACUUUUGCUAUACAGUAAGUGCACAGCUUAUGCAGGGGUUGUGUUCCAGGGAUCUCACCUAAAGCUCCCAAGGCAGGCCCAACAUGGAUGUUAAAAUCCACAGGGCAGCUGUGUGUGGGUUUUCCCAACACUGCAGCUCAAACAAGGAGACUGAUGGGCAAUGGGAUGAUUUUUAUAACAACAGAGUUUAUGUGUAUUACCUAUAUAUAAUGACAAAUGUUUAUAUGUGUAGAUUAAAAUGGUGGGUGGGGGGUGAUGCGUGUGAGUCUUCCAGUGUUUUUGUAAAAGACAACAUGAGGGGAUUCUGGCCUCUCCAUACAAACAGAAGUCUAUGCAUGAGUAAUAAUAAUAAUAAUAUAAUAUUCCACGCUGUGUAAUAAUGGUGAGUUUCCUCCACAUAGAUAAAUGUGAUGCUAUAUUGAUACCUGAAAUCUUUUACCAUGUACAAGCCCCCCUCCCCCCAAAAAACAAAAACCCCAUAUGAAAGUGACUUUUCUGUACAUUCCUUGUGAUGGAGAUUCACCUGAUGAUAAGCUAUAGUGGGAGUUAUUUUGAAUGCAUAUGACAUUAGAAUUUAUGUGGGUGUUUUUGUUGUGAGGUGAUGGCCCAAAGAUAACCCCGUUUUAGGAAAACAGCCGUGUGAAUGACCUUGUUUAAUAUGAGCGUGUCCCGCACGAGGCAAAGCCUUGUCCUUUAGAUCAGAAUAAAACGUGUUCAGGGAACAUCUCAAGGUCUCUUUAAAGUUUGUGCUGAUGCCUUUAAAUUUCACAAUGACAGCUUUGUAGGAAGAAGUGGAGGCUUCUCUGUCAAGCCCCUGGGUUCUCUUCCGAUUGCUGUUAAAAAGAUCCUUGGGAUUUGUGUCUCUGGUUUACUGUUCUCUUUGUACAAUUUCUCUCACAUCUGUCCAGGAAGAAAAAUGUAACUAGUGGCAUUUUCUUUCCAAGUCCGUCCCUUGAGCAUAAGAGGAGUGCCUUUCCCUCAUUAGUGGCUUUAUUAAAGUACACAUGGCUUUCCUUAUGUAGCUUAUACCUGAAAGCUAUAUUUUGUUUUUGCAUGGGUUUUAAGUCCACAGCUUCCCCACUGGCUUCAUUGAUCCGGUUCCUUCCCCCUUUGCAGCUGGGCAGCUGGGCUGUUGACUGUAGAGCUGUGUGACUGCUGGCAGCUUCCCUUUUAAUAACUACUUGCUGAUGCUGGCUAUUGAUCAAGCAGCAAGCUGAGCUUCAGCUCAGGGGAGUAAGGUCAGCUUAUUCUUCCUCACUUUUCCUUUCCUGUCAAGUCAGUGCAGAACUCCCUUUUGAGCUGUGAAACUUCAGAACUCAUGGCUGGUACUGUGCCUGUGGCAAACAGGCACUAUCUACCUGGCGUAUGCCAGUCGUGAGGAAUGUAACCCAGCUGUGCAAAGGAAGGGAGGGAAUUUCCCCCUUGUGUACUAAAUAUCUGCCCCGUAAACUAUUUCCGCAUGUAUCCGGGGGUGUUUUCGGUGUGGGGAGAAGAAAAGAUGGAGACGUGGUUAUGUUCCCUUGGUAAGGAAUGGUGUUUGCUAAGAUGCCAGGGUUCUUUUGGUUAUCAGCACCUCCACAGCUAGAGGAUAGCCAGGGCAAAGGAGCAUUUAUUCGUUUAUUGCAUUUAUUCCACACCUUUCACCAAAUGGGCUUCACUGCAGCAUACAAUAUAAAACAAUAUAAAACUAGAUGGGGGAAGAGGGUGGACUUCGUUGGAUGUCUAAAAAAUAGCGAAGAAAGCACCAGAAUAACAUUUCUGGGAUAGGUGUUGCAUAGUUUGGGCACCAUCAGACUAAAGGCUGUGUUACUGUAGUUUAGCAGAUAGGUUACUAGUGCAUGGAUAAUUAGCCAGACUGUGGACACAGUCCAUGCAUCACUUUAAAGUGAGCUGGUGCAUAUUGCUUGAAAGUCCUUUCAAGCAGCUCCUCUGCUCCUUGUUAUUACAUGUGAACCAGACCAUUAUCAAGCGCUCUGGAAAAUAGUUUUAAUGGGCAAGCCUGUGAAAGAAAGUCAAUGUGUCUUGACAAUUUCAUUGAGAGCUGGUACCUACUUGCAUAGUAUGCCAACCAGCAUUCAUCCUGUGGACAUAUUGCUAGAAUGUAUGAGUAGUUCUAGUUGAAUAUUUUACCAUAUAAUUUCAUGGCUAUUCUGCUAUAAUUCUAACAAUUUUUCUACCUCUAUGACCUUUAUUGCUUCUAUCGCCGUACUUGUACUCUCAGUGCUUUCUAUGUUUAUAAGGUUCAAAAUUUAUUUUUCUCUUCAUUUUUAUUACUCUUGUGAAAAUCCAUAAAAAUGUAAUGAAGAAAUGAAUCCUGAAACAGGGAUGGCUUAAAGCCCUCAGUAUGCACUGCCAGGAGUCUGCUUAUUCAAAAAGGUGCACAACUUGUUUUUGCUUGGGAGAAAUCUAAGGGUUGUAUCCAAUGCUACUCAGAGUAGACCCACUGAAAUUAAAAUAUGUGACUAACAUAGGUCCCUUUAUUUCAGUGGACAGGAUUUGCCUGACGUCAUGACAGCAGAAGCUCAAGGACUUAUUGCGCAAUGGGGCUUCCCCUCCUCCUCCCAUGUACCCUUGCCCUUGAAAUUGGAUAAGCCCCCAAGGGACAGGGUUCAGGGGGAGGAGAGUGGGGAUUGUUUCAUCUGUGAGAUGCUUGCACUGGUAGGAGGUUUGUAAUAGAAUUGAAUUCCACCCAUUGGGUCUAGCAUUAGGUUAGGAGAUAGCCCUAAUAGGGUUUCUCUCUCCUCUCUCUCUCUCUCUCUCUCUCUCUCUCUCUGUGUGCUUUUCACACUUAACCCCUAAUCUCAACCUCUCGUCCAUUUAGAGUCAAGAAACACACUCACAGUUCAAGACUUGUUGCUUUUACUUUGCUCCAUAUAGACAUGAGUUUUCCACUGACCUUUUUGUAAGUGCGAGAUACUAGUUUUUAAAAAUACUGUAAUGUGAAAUGGAAUCUGUAAUGUGAAAUGGAAGGGCUAAGUAAUAGCAUUUCUGUCCUUGAAUUGCAAUAAACCUUUACUCAUUUCCUGGAUUCUAGUUACAGGUAGGUAGCCGUGUUGGUCUGCCGUAGUUGAAACAAAAUUAAAAAAUUCCUUCCAGUAGCACCUUAGAGACCAACUAAGUUUGUUAGGAUUUUUAUUUUUAUUUUGUUUCAUUUCCUGGAGUCUCUGCUUAAUGAACCAGUCCAAAUGUGAUAUGUACAAUCUGUUGCAAAGUGGGAUUCCCAACUAAAAUCUGAUUUUGUAGUCCUCUAAACUUAGUGUUGGCGGAACAAUUCUUCCUGUCUUCAUCCAGGAAAAAAUGGCUCACUAAAACCAGAAUUUUCACUGUUAGCAAAUGUUUAUUAUAACACAAGGCUUUCUGAAACAGUUUCCUAAGUUUAUUUUAUUUAUUCCCCAUGCAAGUCAGCAGCAAUGUAAAAUGUCUGCCUGGCCCCACUGAAGUGCUGUAAAUCCACGAACUCAGUAAACUGGCACUUGUGUGAGUCUACCACAUCAAGGCACUAAGAAGCAAUCAAAAGCAAUUUCAGAGGUAUUUGACCCAACUUACUGGAAAAGUGGUCCAUUCAGCUGUCAUGUGUUGGCUAACACCAUGUAGUUUGUGUCCCGAACUUGUAUGGCAGUGAUUAGGGCAGUUUCCAUGCUUCUUCGCCUAUAUUUUUAUUGCAAUGGAUGUAUUUUUCAGAUAAGAGGGGGGAAACAUGGAUGUAUUGAUCCUGACAAUGUUGAGCUCCUAUCUCCUUCAUUUUAGCCCUCUGCUAUUAGUGUUGGAACUAAUGCUCGAUAGCCAGAUUUGUUUGGGAAGGAGAGGAGCUGCUAAAGGAGAAGGAAGGUCUUAUUUCUUCCCAGUAGUGCUGUUCUUCUAGGCUCCUCAGGUGGGGGAAGAGAACCUUGCACAUUGUGUUAUCCAAGGCGAUCCAAAGUUGAUUGUACUAUUAAUAUGUAUAUUUUGGUCCAAGCCAGGGGUAGACAGGCUCUGGCCCUCCAGAUCUGCCUCAAUGAACCUGGCAAAUGGCCAGAGAUUUGGGGAGUUGGAGUCCAACAAGAUCUGGAAGAGAACAGCCUUCCUGUCCCAGGAAUUACUCUGAGGGGAAAACUGUCAUUUGGAACAAUCAGGCAACCCCUAAGGGAGCAGAAUGUUCUGGCCGCUUAUGGUCUCUGCGUUUGUAUUGUAUUUUGGGGUUCACCUUCUCUAUUGAAACGGGAUUUUAGAAACAUUGUAGCUAUUUAUUUAGGCAAGUUUUAAAAAAAGAAUUUACACUAAAUUCUUCCAUGGAAUCCAUAUUCACAGUACAUAAUCACAUGGACAAAAGUUAGGGGGAACCACAUGUACCUUCAUGCAUUACAGUACUGAGAUCAUGGCUAGCAUAAAAAGUGCAACUAUAAUCAUAGAUAUGUUUUCUUUUUCUCCAUGUGUACAUGCAGGUGCACACCAACCUUUUCCCAUGUGGCUGUGGACACUUGACUAUAUGAUUUCACAGAGGAACGCAGCAACUGGCCUUUUGUCUCCACAUGUGCAAUAAGCCUGGCCCUUGAGGACAUAACACUUUAACCACAAUUAAGUGUUGUGUCUGAAAACUUAAAGCUAUUCUUUGCUUUUUCACUACCUUUAUAUCCUGCCUUUCGUCUGAGUAGCUCAAGGUGGCUCUCUCUCCCCCCUCAUUUUUAUUUUCACAACAAUCCUGUGAGGUAGCUGAGUCUGAGAGACAAAGACUGAUCCAAUUGUACCCAGUUGAGAUUCAUAGUCCAGUUUGGAUUUGAACCUUGGUCUCCCAAGCCCCGAUCCAACACUUCAGGCACCACACCGCCACACUCACUUUUCAGUGCUUAAGAAUUGGUCACAGAGCAGGUUGUAAGCAAUGUUUAGCACUAACCAUGGUUAAGCAUUUACAGUGGUACCUCUGGAUGCGAGCGGGAUCCGUUCCGGAGCCCCGUUCGCAUCCUGAAGCGAACGCAACCUGAGUGCACGGGUCGCGAUUUGCCGCUUCCGUGCAUGCGCAUGAUGUCAUUUUGACCGCAUGCGCAAGUGGCGAAACCCAGAAGUAACAUGCUCUGUUACUUCCGGGUCGCCACAGCGCAGAACCCAAAAAUACUCAUCCCGAAGCUACUUUAACCCGAGGUAUGACUGUAAUUUGCACUGAGCAAAGUGUGAUUCAGGCAAUUUCUUCACCUCACAAGCUGGUUCUGAUACUGCCUUCACACUGGCAUCUUUUGGGUGGAAAGUAUUGAAGAAAAGUGCAGCUAGCAGCAGUGGCAAGCAUGAUUUCUGUUGCUUCCAAAACCUUACAAUUUUGCGGCAACAGCAACAAAAAGGUGAGUGUGUGGUUUCACAUACUCUUCUGUUUUCCUGCACUGAGCUGAAGAGUCUCUAAAGACCUUCUGGCGUGGCUCUGAUUUUAACUGGGUUAAGUCAGCCAGCCAUGGUUAUGCAAAAUAUGGUUAAGCAUUAUGUCUGCAGGAAGCCACUGUAGCAGAAAACACCUGAACAACAUCUUUGUUUCCCCUCUGUCUGCUUCCUUGGGAGGGUAUGCAAACUAUUGUUGACACUUGCUUGAAUGUGGUACAUUAGCUUCUGUAAGUAAUUCAAAUUCCUAACCUUGAAUGUAGAAAGCAUCUUGCUUCUAAUUUAGCAUGUGACCUCUGGAAUGAAACCAUUUCAGGCCUGUGUUGCUGUCCCCUAAAUUGGGAGAGACAAGGAAGGAGUAGAAUAUUAUUGUGCUUAAUCUAACCUUGCCAAAGGAAAGGAAAAACUUGGUUUGAAAGGCACAUUUUUCAGGGGCUUGUCAUAUCUGUAAUAGGCCCAUUGCCUUAAAUAUGUAAAUUGCACGCACAGCGCAUGCCUGCAGUCCAUCUUUGGUUCUGUCAGCAAACCCUAUAAGAUCCCAUUUGUCUAGAAAAAUGCUUUUCUGAAAGGUAUGAUUAUUCUAGACUGCUGAACAAGUUUUCCUAUGUGACUGGCAUUUAAACAACCAUGGUGUUUUGUAGAGUGACACUUAGAGAAGUACUCUGCAGGAGUGAUAUAAGUGUGUUGGAGGGAGGCAGAAAAUGGAAAAGAGAAAAGUGGUUGGGGGAUGGGGUGUAGAAAGAAACAUACUGUACUAUCAUUACGUCCCCCCUCCCCUUCUGAUCAGCACAAAAGCCUGAAUCUUCUACAGUCAGAAGAUUCCGAGCAGUGACUGCAAAGAGAUGAGUUUUUAUGGAGAAAGGGGUGAAGGCAGUUCUUUUGGGAAAUGCUGAUUAGUAGCUUGAACACUUGCAUGAAUAUUCUGUAACUGAGUUUAAUUAAAAACGCUUCUGAAAAGUGAAGAUAAUCUGUCCUGUUAGUUGUUGGGAAAGGAGCAAUUUCUUUUUAUGUUGGUCUCAAAUGCAGGCUCAAGCAUGUUGUAUGGAGCUUUCAAGCAGGAAAUGUCUUAUUUAUAUUAUUUGUUGUCUUAAUCCAGCAGAGAAGUAAGAAGGCCUCUGAGAUUCAAUGAUUAAAUUGCCUGUUUGCUCAUGUUAAUAACAGAGAUUGGAAAUAUCUGUGUCUUGAUUCAGUUCUAUAGCUUUGCCUCUUGCUAGACUGUAAAGAAGGUAUCCUCUGCACAAUUAAUGUUUGAUGAUUCAGGCCUCUUCCAGAGUCAGUCUAACAUGUUUGAGCAACAUGGACCUCUCAUAGUACAAUGAAAACACACCACGGGAUCAAUCACUGCUGUAAGGAAAAGCCUCCACAUUUAUUUGGUUCACAUAAUAGUUAUACCUGCUUUGACUCCUUUAUUUGAAACCUGCUCUAUGUUUCUCACAUCUUUAAACAUGCAUGCUUACAAAAUUCAUUCUAUUGUACAAAGACACCUGCAUUUCCCAGCAACGGUUUCUUUGCUGGUAGUGAUUGUGCAGGGAUUAGGAAUGCUAAACCAUUGAGGUAUCUGUCGGCAUUAUAAAAGGGCAAAAAGCCUACUAGACCCACAGAGGUGAGUCUAGCAUCCUCAUUGUAUAGCUUCUGUCAUAUGGUACAGAUGCAACUCUUUGCCCCUGGUCUUUGACACCUAAGAUACAUGUUUUAAGGUCCUAACCUUUUCUUCUGAUUUUAAAUGGUUUUAACUGAUUUUAAUAUGGUGUGUUUAUAUCAUUGUAACCUGCCCUAGAACAUUAUGGUGAAGGUUGGGUAAGAAAUUCAGUUAAUACUAUAUGAAGGUUAUCGUUAUCAUCACCAUCUUCUUUCAUGAAUUUAUUGAAUAAUGCUCCUUUUAAACUCACAUCUAAGUCAGACUGGUUUUGUCUCAGGGGCAUGUCAUAAAGUCCUAAUAGCAUGGUUUCCUUUUCAAAACAGCUGUCGAUUGAGGCACUUUGAAGCAGAGAAGGAGUGGAAGGAAAGGAAGGGUGUGCUCACCCCUUUCCCUGCCAUCCUAUUUUCCUAUUAAUCUCCCCAUCUCCUAAACUCUGUAUAAUAAUAAUAAAAAAUCAUAAUGAAUGCAUUUUAUUUAUAAUAAUAAAAAAUCUUUAUUGCAGUCCAAAGACCCAUAGAACAAUUUCAGAACAAAAUACAGUUAAGACAGCCAACCACAAAAGAGAGAGAAACCGAGGCGGUCAUUUUGUUAUGUCUCAAGCAUGACAGGUCUAAUGAUAUUACACUGGCCAUGGCAUUUUAUUUAUAUGCCAUUCUUCUGCUGUCGUACCCCAGAGUGUAGUCAGAGCCAGCCCAAGGCCCUUUGGCACCUGAGGCAAACCACAAAAUGCUUCCCACCCCAACCAGGGAAGAAGGUGUGAGUGAAGAUCUACAUCAGGAGCAAGGGCAGGAGGAGACCAGCAGCCCCUUCCAUUCACCAAGAAGCCCCUGUAGAAGUGGCAUGGGGUUUGAUUUGUAAUUUACAAUUGCAAUGUACUGGUUUUUAUCCCUGAGCUACAGGCAGGGCGAACCCACCCUUGAAGCAAGAUAAGGCAACUGCACCAGGCAGCAGGACCCACGGGGGCAGCAGAUCCAGCUUCCAAGGAAUGCAUUGCCCACUGCUGCUGAUACAGUGGCAGUGACAACUGUGGCGCACUCCUUGGGGGUCGGAUCUGCUGUCUCCUUGGCCUUUUGGCCAAGGCAGAAGGUGAAGGUUGACAGGGGAGAUGCCCCUUUACUGUGCCAGUUCCCAGGCUGGUGCAGUGAAGAGGCCUGGAUAAGUUGUUGCCAUCAUGGGCCAGCUCCUGAACUAGCAUUUCAGGAUAUUUUGUUGGCUGCUGCUAGCAGAGAUGCUAUCAACAGUACCUUCCCCUACAUUUUGGGUUGGGUGAAUUGGGGUGCUCCUUGCUGGUGGGGCUCCCUCACUGAUGAAGGCUGGGAUGGACAGAGGAACACACCCCACUUGUAUAGGGGCUUGGAUGGUUCUGUUAAACAGUGGUUUAAAACACUGUUUGAAGAGAUCUGUCUAAAUCAAGUUUCCACUUUGUCAUUCAUAGAUCCCCUGAAAAGGAGUGCCUGCUACUUGGCUACUAUACCAAUGGAAACUUGAUUUUUUUUUUUUUAAAGAUAUUUAUUAAAGUUUCAAGAAAUACAAAAAAAAAAAAAAUACAGAGUACAAAAAAAGAAGAAUAACGUUUUUAAAAUAUAACAAAAAAAUAAAGAAUAAAAAGAAAACAUACAAAAUAAAACAGUUAAAAAGACAUUGAUUUUUCAAACCUAUCUUCCCUACACUUAUUUCCCCAGACCUCCUCAUACCUCCCUUUUUUGUAUUCCAGUUCAGUUUGUUAGUUCAGCAAAUCCUUACCAUUAAACUUUUACCCAAUUGUUAACCUUUUUCAUAUCUCUUAAAGCAUUACAGCUAAAAACCUCUUAGUUUCUAUCCAACAUCCUUCUAAGAUUCCUUAAUUUUGCAAUAUUUCUGUAAAUAGUCUUUAAAUUUCUUCCAGUCUUCUUUCACCGACUCUUCUCCCUGGUCUUGGAUUCUGCCAGUCAUUUCCGCCAAUUACAUGUAGUCAAUCACCUUCAUCUGCCAUUCUUCCAAAGUGGGUAGAUCUUGUGUCUUCCAAUACUUUGCGAUGAGUAUUCUUGCUGCUGUUGUAGCAUACAUAAAAAAGGUUCUGUCCUUCUUUGGCACCAAUUGGCCGACAAUGCCCAGAAGAAAGGCCUCUGGUUUCUUCAGAAAGGUAUAUUUAAAUACCUUUUUCAGUUCAUUAUAUAUCAUUUCCCAGAAAGGCUUGAUCUUUGGGCACGUCCACCAAAGGUGAAAUAAUGUACCUUCAGUUUCUUUACAUUUCCAACAUUUAUUAUCGGGCAAAUGAUAAAUUUUUGCAAGCUUGACUGGGGUCAUGUACCACCUGUAUAUCAUUUUCAUGAUAUUCUCUCUUAAGGCAUUACAUGCCGUAGAACUUCAUACCUGUGGUCCAUAACUGUUCCCAGUCAGCAAACAUAAUAUUAUGUCCAACAUCUUGUGCCCAUUUAAUCAUAGCAGAUUUCACCGUUUCAUCCUGAGUAUUCCAUUUCAACAGCAAGUUAUACAUUCUUGACAGGUUUUUAGUUUUGGGUUCUAACAAUUCUGUUUCUAAUUUUGACUUUUCCACCUGGAAGCCUAUUUUCUUAUCCAAAUUAUAUGCCUCCAUUAUCUGAUAGUAAUGAAGCCAAUCUCUCACUUUAUUUUUUAGUUUUUCAAAACUCUGCAAUCUCAAUUUAUCUCCUUCUUGUUCCAAAAUUUCCCAAUAUGUCGGCCUGGAAACUUGAUAGUUUACAACUUUUUAAAGGGUUAAAACUACCUGGGAGCAUGCUCUAAAACCUCUGGUCUUGCAGAUCAUGCUUACUUAAGAAACAAGGGGUUAGGACUGGAAUUGUGAAAUAAUGGAUUUCUGUCUGGCUCUUCGGUACACACUGAAAGGCAAUAAGCAAGGUCAUUUGCAUAAAGGUAACUUUAAUUUAGGAUAGAGUUCAGUAUGCUGGGUUGUAGGUUUGUUUCCAGAAGCAACUUACUGCUCACUAUUUGAUAAAACUGUAUUUCUCCACGAGAUGGAAAGUAAAUUUCUGUGAAGCUAGUUAUAAAUAUUCAUAAUUUGCUGUAAUACAUUGUCUGCAAUCCAUUUUAAUACAGAAUUAAGCAUCCUUAAAUCCAUUGAAAACAAUUGGCUUAAGCAUACUUUAUGUUCUAUUUAUAAUGCUUGACCUGACAACUCUUCUCCAUAGAGAAGGGUAGGCUUAAACUCAGGGUGUUUGAUGGAGGGCCAUGAACGGAGUUUCAUGAGCAGUACAGAAUUUAAUACAUUAGUAUUAAAUUCAGAUUUUAUGUUUAACUGGAUUUUUUUUUAAAGUAACCAUUGAUCUAAUGUGGGAGGGGAGACUGACCUUUAAAAAUAUGGUUGUAUAUGAUGGUGGCUUUGCAUCAAUGGAAGCACUAUUGAUAGUGAUCAUCCCUCCUACUGAUCACAGCCCUUUGUGCCAUAACCUGUACUGUUUGAGGGGUCCCCAGUGGUUAGAAGAAGCCAGCGGUGGAAAGUAUGCCUGUGCUGCCCAGGGUGGGUUGACGGGGCACAGAAGGCACCCUCCAUGUACCACAGUUCAGGGUUAGGAGAUGGGCAGGGAAGCUGUUGCCCACUCUCUUGCUCUCUACCACCAGGUCAGGCACCAGGCAGAAGCACUACAGUCAAGGCACAGCUCCUUCUGGCAUGGAGCCAGGCUCCGAUGAACGAGUCUGCUGUGGGGGCGCCUGUUUGCGCCCCCUCUCAACAUUGCCCCCGGGGCCAUGGCACCCCCGGCAACCCCUGCUAUGCCUCGGGGAGAAGCAGGCAUCCCGUCUUGUGCAAGGAGAAGCAAUUCUGCUAGCACUACAGUUUGUUAAUUUUUACCCGCCCUGGAUGUGAUGCUGGUGGCAUAAUCUGCAGUGCUUCUCUGGAAAGAGAGGUGUCUGUUUGGGGUGGGCUGUCAGUCCCCGAUGCAGUUUUUCUACUCAGAAGAACAGGUGGUGCCUAGGGCUAGGAGCUUCUUUUAACAGCAGAUCAGCUGUCCUUCUGCUCCAAAAUUUUGGCAUCUUUUAUCAUGCAUUUGUAGUCUUGAGGAUCAUUUUAAGAUUAUGCUAUUCUACCAGGGACUGCUUUGAAUAUGACUUGCAGCUUUAAUUUAGUGCAAAAUGCUGCAUGUACACUUCCUUGUAAAAGUGUGAAUGUGAGGAUGUAUUCAGCCAGUAUUGUGGUCACUCUAGUGUUUCUGUUGGUUUUCUCAGCCCCUUCACAACCUGUUAACAACAUAUACCACCCACCUGGGUCGCUUUGUCAAGAACCUCCAAUGUAAAAGAAGCAAUAAUUGCUGUGGGGUGGAUUAUGACGUUUGUGCAGCAGCCCCAAGACUUUAGAACAUGUUUCUCCCAAGUUAUGCUUUAAAAUGAUGACAUUUUUAGAAACCAUUUCUUUAGGUGCUGGUGGUUUUGAGGGCUAACUUGGUGCCGCUUAUGGCGUAGUAUAAGUACUUUUGUGUGUGACAGAAGUUACUUGAACUUUAAAAGAAGAGGGGGUGCUUUUUUAAAAAAAGACAUGCAACGUUAACAUGAUAACUGAAGGGCUGUGUGUGUGCAUUGCAUAGCAUUGUUAAAGUCAAUAAAGGCACAUAGCUUAUGUUCAGAAGCUUUUGCUGUGAAUUCAUAGAAAUGAUGUAGUGCCUGACUCAGAGGAGGGAAGAAAGGAGGGGAAGCCCAAAUGAGAUGAUAGCUGACAAAGAUGCUCUAAAUGUCUUAAUUGUUCAGUUUUAGUUGACACCAGUAAGAUGAUGUCACAGGAAUAAACAACAACCUCUUCUUUGGAGAAGUCUGCACAGUUUGAUACUGCUGUUCGGGGGGGGGGGGCGUGGGAGGGUGAGCUCCCCAAAAGAGUUGUACAAGAAGCAUUGUUUGUGGUGAAGGGUUCUCAAGGAAUUACCUCAGCUGUAAACUGACUUCAUCUACAUCUCCUGGCCUGGUGUAUGGAUCAAGCAAAGUUGCCCUCAUAUUUUAUCACUUUGUAGAAUUGUUAGUAAUUUUUGCACAUUUUUCAAAAAACUAAAAAUUUUGGUAACAUGAUGGAAUGGACUUGUGUCAUGGAAUGCAAUGACACAAACUGGAAAUAGACUCUUCCAUUUGUCUCUAGGUGAAGGUGUUAAAUUGAUUUAAGAACUGGUUUAUGUGGUGCUCUUAUUUAAAUGUCAUUCUGAUAGCUAUUUUAAAUUCUGGAAAUGUGUUGAUCUGUUGUAACCGCUGGGCAUGCACCCUAAAAAAGUAUGUGAGACCUUCCAUGAAAUGAUAGUGAAUAGUAAACUAUUUUAAUAGCGAUUUUGUUAUUACUAGGGCAACAUCUUUGGCCUGUUGGUAAAAAGAUCAGGGAAGAUUCCCAAAAUAACUUCUUCCAAGCAUGAGAAGCAAUUCUCAUUUGCUGAGCUGCAUUGUCAUAGAAUUUUCUCCUCAAGUUUUUUACUAGUCUCGUUGGGGCCAUGUCCUCUUCAGCCAUCACCAUGACUUUAGUGGUCUUGAUUGCAUGAAUUGUUUGGGAGAGGGUGUGGCAGAUCUUACAACUUGGGUGGGAGAUUAGACCAUGUGACCAUUUGGAUCCUUUCUACUCUGAAUUUAAAUACAUAAUAGCUUUCCCUACAGAAAGCUAAGAUAACCUGCAAAUGAGAUUCAGUUAUCUUCUGCUUAGACUAUUAAUCACACAGUAUCUCACACUCUCACUCUCCAUAGGAAAGGUUUAGAGAGGGCUUUCUCACAGAUUUGUAUUAAAAACACCAAGGUAGCUUAGACCCAUUUUUGAUAUUUUUAAUGAGUCCGCAGAGUGCUAAUGAAAUUCAGAUUCUUCUCCCCCAUUUCUUCUCUCCCUGUCUUUUCUCUUGUAAGAUAAUUAUUUCGAAAAAACCCACGAAAGUUUCAUCUUGACCUAAAAGCUCAGCUGAUGGCAGCGUUGUAUCUAAAUUUUGGAGGACUGUGAGGUCACGUCCCUUUGUCAUCUUUGAAAGUCUAUUUCCAUGGUAUUCAUAGAAUUCUUUAAGUACAGAUUUGGCAUAGUAAUGUAAUGCCUUCAUAAUGUACAGUACUUUAUUGGCAUUCAUAUUCCUUUGUAUGGGCAACAAAGAUCUUAACCCCCUGGGGAGCUGGUACCUUCUGCUGUACAAGAAUCCUGCCUAAGGCAAAUAAAGUUUCCAAACACUCCUUAACUGAGCAGAGAAGAUGGUUGGCAUUUAGAUGGCAUUAACCCAUCUAAGCAAAUUGGGUUUUGCCCACUAAAGGCUAAUACGUAAAGGCUAAUAUAUCAAAUGUCAGUCAAGUACUCUUUCCUUAAAUGUGGCAGGGCCACAAAGCUGAUCCUGUGCUCUGCUUCAUAAAAUGAAACAUUAGGCUUACAGUACUGGUAAAAGGAAUUUUCUAAAUAUUGCUCUGACUUGGGGAGUUGCCACAACAGCUGUAUCUAACAGAUUGAGGUUGAAUCCUGACAAGACAGAAGUACUGUUUUGGGUGGACAGGAGGUGGGCAGUUGUGGAGGACUCCCUGGUCCUAAAUGGGAUAACUUUGCCCCUGAAGGACCAGGUGCGCAGCCUGGGAGUCAUUUUGGACUCGCAGCUGUCCAUGGAGGUGCAGGUCAAUUCUGUGUCCAGGGCAGCUGUUUACCAGCUCCAUCUGGUACGCAGGAUGAGACCCUAUCUGCCCGCUCUAGUUAUCUCUCUCUUGGACUACUGCAAUUCGCUCUACGUGGGCUACCUUUGAAGGUGACCCAGAAAGUACAACUAAUCCAGAAUGCGGCAGCUAAACUGGUGACUGGGAGCGGCCGCCGAGACCACAUAACACCGGUCUUGAAAGACCUACAUUGGCUCCCAGUACGUUUCCGGGCACAAUUCAAAGUGUUGGUGCUGACCUUUAAAGCCCUAAAAGGCCUCGGUCCAGUAUACCUGAAGGAGGGUCUCCACCUCCAUCGUUCAGCCCGGACACUGAGGUCCAGCGCAGAGGGCCUUCUGGCGGUUCCCUCGCUGCGAUAAGCCAAGUUACAGGGAACCAGGCAGAGGGCUCUCUCGGUAGUGGCACCUGCCCUGUGGAACACCCUCCCACCAGAUGUCAAAGAGAAAAACAACUACCAGACUUUUAGAAGACAUCUGAAGACAGCCCUGUUUAGGGAAACUUUUAACGUUUGAUGGACUAUUGUAUUUUAAUAUUUUGUUGGAAGCUGCCCAGAGUGGCUGGGGAAACCCAGCCAGAUGGGCGGGGUAUAAAUAAAUUAUUAUUAUUAUUAUUAUUAUUUAUUAUAUCUGGGUAGCUGUAGCUAGAACUCUGCUGCACUAGCAUGGGAAGAGUGGGGAAAGAGUGCUGGGCAGAAGCCUUGGAGCCAACCAGCCACUAUCUCUAGAGCUAGAUCCAUGUCUAUCAAAUACUGGAAUAAUUGAGUGAUGGCAAACGUAAUGGUGGGCUUUGAAGCAGGUUUUAGCAAGGUGUGGACUGCACAGCUCUGCCCCUCCCUACUUUCACAGAAUGCCCCUAAAGCUGCAGACUUGCAGUGGAGGUUGGGACUGGGCUUCCCAACUUCAUAACAUGCUAGCCUUUAGUGGGUCAGAACCCACUACCAGGCCACAGCCUGAUCUAAAUUGGGUUGCAACAGCAGCAUCCAGCACUGUACAGAUAUAUGUAAAAUAAAAAUAGGAAUGGGUCCUCAGUUGCAUGUUUGGGUUAAAGGUGGGUCCUGAGUUAGCAAACAUUGAAGACUAUGGAUCUAUUGAGCUCCUGGUUGUUCUUCCCUUCAGAUCAGGGCCUUUUUGUACUACGUAAACACUUACUGAUUAGUCAGAGGAAGUUAAAAUAAUAGCCAUGUUCUUGACCAGCAAGAAUUCCUUCUCCUUGACUUCACCUUCACAUAAUGCUUUCCCCGUUUUCCACCUUUCAAUUUUAUAACUUUCAUUUCGUUACAACUCCUUCAGCUUUCCAACAGGACCUUGCCACUGCUAACAGCAGCAUAUAUAACUAAUCCAAGAAAGGUCGCACUCAGUAUGUCAGAUCAUGCAGAGCCAAUAUGUGAGUGUCAGUGAUGACUUGUGCCUGCAGUGAAGCGAAUGGAAGACCGUAGCCAGCAGUCAUCAACAUUCAUUUGUUUUCAUAAGCAUAUUAAAUGUCUGGGGUAGAUAACAUUUUGGUGAAUGUGAGAUUCAUGAUUUGCCUUAAAAAGAUUUGACGAAAACAAAGCUGGUUGAUGAAGGGCAUGCCCAUUUGCUUGGAGAACAAUAGCAAUAGGGAUAACCUUACCACAAGGUUGCUGUUUAAAGGGGCUAUAGUGCAACAUAAGUAGGAUGAAAUAAACCUGAAUAGUUGUGGUAUAAAUGGUACAGGAUUUCAGAAGUAACAGGAUAUGCGCUGACUGGAAAUGAAGCAAUAGGACCACCCUACAACUUUUGCCGGUGCAAGCAAUAUUUAAAGUGGGAUCAUGUAUGACUGCCCUGAUAACAGCAUGAGCACAAAUCAUCAUGAACGUGCAGUAAAAAAGGCUGUCUGGAGGAGCCUUAAGUAGUGUGAAUCAUGGGAUAGCUGUUCUCAGGUGUCUGGUUGCCUGACGUAUUUCAAGUCAAUGCUUGCGCCUAUAUUUUUUCAAGAUGGGUGUUGGCGGUAUGUGGGAAUCCAGCCCCUUCGUUCUAUUCUAAAGGCAAGCAAAGAUAGUGGAAGGAAACACGCUUCAAAUUGUCACAACUUGCAGUGGAGGGUGGAAGAGUCACUGUGGCAAUUUGAAUGUGAAAUUGAUCUGAAGAGCUGCUUUGCGCCUCUGAAGUCUUGCCAUUGAUCUUCAUGUAAUGAAUUGCUGGGGCUCCAGGGCCCAUGAUGGGUGAGUGGAGUUGUGAUGUAUCCUCUGCUGCCUCCAAACAAAUGUUUUUCUACUCCGCCAAUAAAUCUUGCACAGACAGAAUCCAUUUUGUAUAUUACUUUUUUAAAACACACGCAUACACACACCCCCCUUGGGGUUUAUUUUUUGUUUAUUUUUAAAGAAACUUUUAUCAAAUACCCAUAAGAAACAAAAUGAGGGAAUUGAUUUCUGUUACGAAUGUACGUUGUGGUUGAGUACCAAAACAAUGAGAGAGUUUCUAAGUCUGUCCAUAAAACAGAAUUAAGAUGGCUACGCUUGACAGUUUCACGUUGUCAUUAUAAGUGUUGAUGGGGAGAUGAAAGUGAAGGUGUUUAACACAAUGCCUGUUACAUUCCUUAGGUGCUGGAACAAGAUGUGGUUCUGCAGUCUAUUGACAGAGCUAUUGAGGCCAUUCAUAAUGCGGCGAUGAAGAAUGGGGGGAAAUACAACUUGGAGCAGAGGGAUGUCCUCCAGUAAGUACAGCAAGCAGGAAUAUUCAAGACAGUAUGGAAAUAAUGUUAGGGAAGGCAAAUGACUGUAAGGCACGCGGUUAACAUUCAAGGCCAAGCCAGGGCGUUUAAAAGAAACAUGGAGUGGUGCCUGCUCUAUCACUUUUUUGUACUCCAGUCUCAUCAGGAAUUGUUGGAGCUAACACCUGAUUGCUUCACAUCUCUGCAUAAUCACAAAACCUGCUCUCUAAAAAAAUAAAAUAAUACUAACAACAAUGUUAUUAUUUGUACUCUGCCCUUCUGACUGGGUAGCCCCAGCCACUCUGGGCAGCUUCCAGCAUAUACAGGAUGUGAUAAAACAUCAAACAUGAAAAAGAACCUGGUGCCUCCAGAGAAUGGAGAGGGAGGAGGAGGGAGCAACGAGUCCUGGAAGCCUAGAGCUUCCUUUGCUAGCAACUCCUUGCAGCCACUUUGAACCCCGAGAAGCGCAGAGGGCGGAGCAAGGCAUACACAUUCAGAAAAAUCAGACUAAGCACAUCCCAAUAGUGGACAAAGAAACAUGGGUUUUCUGGAGAGGGUCCAGGGCAAAAGUAGAAAGUGCACACGUGAACCUCAGGAUUUUGCUAGCAGUUCUAGAUCAGCCCUGAGAAACUAUCCAUUUACUACAGAUUUUCUCCUGUUAGUCCCACCUAGAAAAGGCUGCUGGGUAUCUGGGCUUGACAUGUGCAGACACAAUCUUUCUUUUGUAAUAUAUUUUUAUUUGUUUUUCAAUUGGUGGAGUGUUAUCUGACACUAAUAAUGGUGGCUACAACUACUACCCAUUCCCUUUCCCAGCCCUGCCCACCCAAUUAAGGAAAAGGGGGAAAAACAGAAGAAAAGCAGUAGGCUACUAGAAUAAGCAACCCAAUGUGGUAAGCAACAAGGAAGACAAAAGGCUUGAAUAUGCAAGAAGAAGUGGGAAGGGUAGGGAGAAUGGGAUUUAGGAGGGAUGUGCAGCAGCAGAGGAACCCAGAUAAUAUGAGAGUCACAAAGAAAACCAUGCCAUAUAAAUGGGAAGAUGUCAGCAUGCUUGCCAGUGAUUAAGUGAUGCUAAUCCAGACACCCUCCUGGGGGAAACAUGAGGAUUUCCAGUUGUAAUAAGAUGAUUCUUCUGGCAACCAAAGCACCUCUAUGAAUCCAGAGCACCUGAUUUUUCAGAAGUGCCCAUAGAAUUGGUAUGUAUUCCAGAUCAAAGUAUUGAAAUUUAAGGAAGAAGAUAAAGCCACAGUAGUUUCAUCACGAAUUAUGUGCAGGUGCCAAGAUACCAAAGAGUUGUGUAAUCUUGAAAUCAAUGAAGCUUUCUUUCCAAGGCGGUAACCAAAGCUUAAAAUGCUGCAUUCACACUGUUUGCAAUCGAGUUUCAUUGGAGGGGAAGUAAAGAGCUUUGCAGAGUUUCUUCCUCUAAACUGAACUCCUUGGUUUUCUAGGCUAAAAAUGUCUGGUGCCUGCAAAUCAAAACAGGUUUGCUUUCCUGCAUUGGUACUUCAGUUUCAUGAGAGAUACACUCUUUCCACGCACACAUCUUUUUGUCAUCAAAUAUGUCAUGAAUCACGAACAAAAGGGCAAGAAAUACUAAACCUUGCACACCAUGAGUAGGAGAUGGGGAAAUUCAUUGGGAGGAAUUCAGCAUUGCACAGUGGAAGCUUUUCAGCUUGUCAGAUGGAAUGAUCCCCUCCCCACUUGCAUGUUGCUCUGGGAGUUCUCCCAAGCCCCUCCCCCAGCCAGUUUCUAUGGGCGCAGGGAAGUGGGGGAGCCCUGUUGUGAAAGGGGAAGACCUUGCAAAGGCACUCAUUAGAUGAAUCCUGCCCAUAGCUUUCGAUAGCUCAGCGGAAUUGGAUUCAUUCUGCUGUUGAAGUAAGAUCUUCAAGGUAAUAAUAAUAAUAAUAAUAAUAAUAAUUUAUUAUUUAUACCCCGCCCAUCUGGCUGGGCUUACCCAGCCACUCUGGGCGGCUUCCAAAAAAAUAUUAAAAUACUGUAAUACAUCAAACAUUAAAAGCUUCCCUAAACAGGUCAGUCCAUGUUCACAGUUCAGUAAUAUGACUUCAGCUUUGGAACUCUGGACCAGUCCUGUGAGCUCUACUUCCUCAAUAUGGCUGUUGUUUUAUAUUGCUAGGAAGCUGAUACAUCAUCGGAAGGAAACUGUUUCCCGCAAAAGUCACUCACCAUCCACUCAAGGAAUGACUCCAUCUUCCAGUGAUCAUCACCUGGACCUAGCCAGGCAACCCAAUGGCGUCUGCAGGACUGGAUAUGAGCGACACCAUAGCUUGCCUAACACAGAUCCCCAAGAGGAGGAAGUUGGUGUUUACCAGGUGAGAUCUGUGGCAUAUUUAAUCCUUUAUCUUAUAAGAUAUCUACUCUGUGUGCUAAUCAUGUCAAAUUUUUUUCUUGGGUGGGAAAGCGAGAAUUUCUACCUCUUACACUUAACCAUUUAUAGCUGGCUGUGAGUGUUGAUCCUACAGAGUAAGUAAAGAGCUUCUUUUUUUAUUGGACCUGCCAGCUAUUUAGAAGCUCAACCCCCAUGCCUUAUUUUAUUGAGCAUAGGUGAAAAUAUGUUACAUGCCACCUGCUGUUUCUUGUCGGUGUUCUGCUUUGAGAAUGAAGGAUGUGACUGCAGGUGAUAUUAACUGAACGGCAGCUUGAGACCAGUUCUUACGUUGUGUUCGCUACAGUUGACAAGCACUAUAGAGUAGCUGAACCUAUGAUAGACCUGGCUACUAUGUGUGAUGGUUUCAUUUGUAAAACUUUGGGGAAUUCCCGGGAAGAGGCCAAUAGGAGAGAGAUUUGUGAGAGCAGAUUAGGGCAUUCAGCAGUCUCGUAACUCGCUUUUAAAGAGAUGCUGAUUUCUCAGAUAAGUAGGGAAAAUGUAUUUGGGACAGUGUUUCUUGUUGUCUUGCCCAUUCUUCAACAGAUUAGUUCUUUUAACUACAGUGACUGCUUGUUCCCCAGUUUACUGCAUUGCACGAUAUGCCUUAAAUUUUCUGUGCUGAUGAUAAACUAAGGAAGGAAGCACAGGAAAUAUGAUUUGUAAGCAGAGAUUUGUUUAUUUAAGGCAUUUAUAUCCUGUUUCUCUAAAAAGACUGUUGGAGCAGCUUACAAAAGUUAGUACUAGGCUGGUCCAUGGCACACUAGGAAAAAAACAAUGGGAGGGACAAAAGAAGCAAAACUUAGUUUUGUAGACAUUUAAACAUAUUCUGAGACUUCUCUGAUGCCCGUGUAUGUCUUUCAAUUGGUAGGCUGAGUUCUGAAGGUGAUAGCACGGUUUGCUGGAAUUACUGGCCCAGUAAAGUUUGGGUUCCUUUCCCUCCCAAAGGAACAGGGAGACUCUUCCUUCAGAAAUGACUUUAUUUGUCUUAGUGAUUGUUAGGACAUUAAUAUUGACGGGAACUAUAAAAAAGGUCGUAUGAAUGGAAUGGAGCAUGUCACUUGCCAUAACAACUUGUUUCUUGAUCUAUUUAUAUCUACACUCAAGGCAAAUAAACUCAUUAGAUCUCCUUUGGAAGAGGCCAGAGAAUGCUUCUCUAUAGACAGAAAAAUGAAUGAUGGAAAUCCACUCCCCAUCUGUAUUCUCCAUCAUGACCCUCAGUGCCAGUGAAGCUCUAGCAAAACAUGAAGUGCCUUGACUAAUAGGAAGGAAGCUUCCCAAACCCAAUUUGGCUAUAAAUCCUCCGCAAUCUCUUUUGAGUGUGCUCCUGAUGGAACGCGCUUUGCACUGUGAUAAUGGGGUUUGGAGGACACGUGUCGUAGGGCACACAUCUUGCAGAGCCAAUGCCCCUCCCCAGAUACUUUUAAAGAUCCUUAAAAAAACCACACAACCCAGAAGCCUUGGACUUGGGGGAAGCAUGUUCUGUUAGACUGUUAGACAGCUUGCUCUCAGCCCCCCAUACUAGGGAUUUUCUGGAUAUCGGGACAUGUGCUCCUUUUUGCACAAGAAUCUCUAGCUACCAAGGGUAUGCUAAACCUGAAGUGAUCAGAACUUAUUUAAGGGUGUGACUUGUGAUAUGGUCUUACACGUGAUAUGUGACUUGUGAUAUGGUCUUACAGCUUGCAAGGAGAGAAGGAAGAUGAAAGUAGAUUCGCCAUCAAACAACCCCUCCCCCCACCAUUUCUUUUCAGUAUUCCCUUGUUAUUGUUGGUGCUUCUCUUAGAAAGCAUCAGCAGCGUGAAAUUGACCUGAUUCUUUGAAAUUUCACAGGCUCUCACUUCUGGUCGACAUCCAGAAAAGCAGCAAGCAGCAAACAUGUUCAAAACUGGGCUAUUCUUGUCAUUCUACAAAGCAAGGGUAGAUGCAGAGGAAACUCAGGCAGCUUCAACAUUGAGAGCAGAAUUGUGCUUCAUUAUGGAAAUAUGCCGUUUCCAAGCUUGUGUUGCCUGGUAGUGCUAAAUAGGGACGGGGCAUUUACAUGGGAGAAUUCUUCAACCACUGAGUGGUAUUGACAAUGUCCCUCUCCCGGCCAUUUAAAAAAACUGUUCCGCCCACCACCAUGGGCUCUGAGGCUGGAAGAAAUCUGGCUGUUGGGAGAAAAACAUUCUUGUGGGUAUUGACAGGGGAGGAUUAGCAGGAGCUGUUGAGCUUUCUUGCCUGCAGGCACACUAACCAGCAGGAAUGUAUUUGAGAAAUAUAUAUUUAUUUGCCUGUGCAAAGCAUACUUACAGCUACACCUGCAGCUGAGCUUCCAGCCUUCAUAACAAUAAUGAAGGUGUUGCUUUAUAAUCUUAUGAAGUCUCAGACGGAAGUUUUAAAAAUAACUCAUGUUUAUGCAAAACAACAAAGUAUAUUUGUCUUAUCUGUGUUGCAUCCUGCUUUGGGGUUUUUUAAAAGAUUUCCUGACCACCACCCAGGACUAAAGUACAAAUUUUCAUCAUUUUGUAAAAAAAAAAAAAGAGAACAAAUAGGGGUCAAUUUGAGAAGUUUGAUGGAAACCAUUGAAAAACCAGGAUCCUUUUCUUAGCUGACUUCAAUGGAACGUUGAAAAUAACUGGCUUAUUUACCGUAUUUUUCACCCUAUAGGGCGCACUUUUCCCCCUCCAAAAAUGAAGGGGAAAUGUGUGUGCGUCCUAUGAGGCAAAUGCAGGCUUUCGCUGAAGCCUGGAGAGCGAGAGGGGUCGGUGCGCAAAGACCCCUCUUGCUCUCCAGGCUUCAGGAAGCUAUCCGCAAGCCGUGGGAGAGCUGCACAACUUCACGCAGCUCUCCCACGGCUUGUGGAGAGCUGCCUGCACCCAGAAGCCUGGGGACGCGCUGAGCUCAGCGCCCCCAGGCUUCGGGCUUCGCGCAGCUCUCUGCAAGCCGUGUGUAGCUUGUGGAGAGCUGCCUCCAUCCCUGAAGCCCAGGCGCGCUGCCUCCAUCCCCGAAGCAGAGCUGCCUCCAUCCCCGGAGCCCGGGCGCGCUGAGCAGUCGCGCCCGGGCUUCGGGUAGCUCUCCGCAAGCCGCAGGAGCCCUCCCACAGCUUGCGGAGAGCAGCCUGUUCUGGGGGCUGGGGUCGGGGGAAGCUCGGGCUUCCCCCGCCCCAGCCCCGCGCCUGGGGGGGGGGAAAUAAUUUUUUUUCUUUAUUUCCCCCCCAAAAAACUAGGUGCGCCCUAUGGCCCUUGCGCCCUAUGGGGCAAAAAAUACGGUAGUUAUGUUUAUUUGUUGGUUUCUAAGUGGCAUGAAGCACUUUUAUUUGCAGUUUUGCACACUGCCCUAGAAUCCUUUAUUGGAGCGCUGCUAAGAAGUAACUUAAAUAAAUAAUAUAAAAACAAAUUCUGCUGCUUUCUUGUCAUACCAAGAAGUUUUCAGAGCCUGUGAAGUUUACAGAAUGCCAAGGAUUGAAGAUUUAAGUUGACUUGGUGCAUGUGCAUAUACAUAAUCUUUUAGGGCAGGGGUGGCCAACACUGUGAUCUACUCACAGAAUGGCAGUGAUCUACCCCCUUUUUUGGAAAGGAGAAAAGCACCACUCACCAACGGAUUGCUGGGGAAACAAACAGCCUCACUGAGUAAACUCCGUCUUCCAUUCUCCAAAUCGUUCAACAAUGGGGGGCAGGGCGAGGGGGGCGGGGCCGGAUUCUAUUUUACCAAUGCUAAAGAAAGGGACCCAGCACUCCACCAUGAUCUAACAAAACCUCCCAGGGAUCUAACAGUAGAUCGUGAUCGACCUGUUGGACAUCCCUGCUUUAGGGAAAAGGAAGUAUGCCAGUAUUUUGAAAGGCAUCCUUUAUGUCCUUAACUCCCAGCUGUCUGAUACUUACUGAGAUGGAAUACCGAUAAUUUCUAAAUGAACAAAUGAGUUGUUGUCUUUCGUUAGAAUCAUGUGUAAGCAUUGCCAUUUUUCAAAUGAGUAACACUUUUUUCUUUAAGCUUUAAAAAAAAUAAAGGACUGAGCUUGCGCUUCAGCAUGGUUUUUAAGUAUUGUGUUUAUGAACUGUAACUGUUAAUUCUGGGCUUGGAGUAAAGAAUGACUGUGGAAGGCAAACACAUAGGCCUCACUAUGGUAAUGUAGUGAAUGGGAUGGAGCUGUUUAAAUAGUAUCUUUCAUUUUUAAAAAAUUCAUUUCAUUUUAUCUUUUUUAUUAUUAUUCUGGAUUACGAUUGUCAGAAUGAUAAAAGGCCAGAAACAAAGUAUAGCGUAAGUUAACAUAUUUUAUGGUUGUAGUUUCUAACUCCCUAUACCCUAACUUUGACUUUUUCAUACUUAAGUGUAAAAUGUUCUGCAAAGCAUAACCAUAGGCUAUGCUUGUUUUGUUCAAAAGCUGCAUUUCAUUUUAGUUUCCAUUUAUCUCCUGCUUACUGCUGUUUAACCAAUAAUGUUUAUAUAUAAUUCCUAGUAUACCGCUGACAUGAAGCUGCCACUUGCAAAUCACUGUUCUGCAAAAUAUGCUGCUUACAUUAGAAUAUGCAAACGACUGGCUAUUUGGGAUGCAUGGAGUUCCACAAAUAAACUGGCCUAAGCACAUGAAAAGUUUUGAACAUUUUUCUUCAAAUGAACAUCUUUUGAACAUCCUUUAAAGCAGCAGCCAUCCCCAACCUGAUACCCUCUGGGUGUUGAUAGAAUAUAACCCCCCAGUUUGCAGCCAGCAUGGCCAGUGGCCAGAGAUGAUGUGACUUUUAGUCCCAAACAUCCAGUGUAGCUUCAAGAGGAGCCAGGUUUGAUUCCUUUUUACUUGAUUUAUAAAGCACAUUAUAAAAUGCUAAAUUCAUCAGCAGACCAUAAAAUGAUAAAUUCAACAACAGACUAAAAUAAUAAUUUCUAAAACAGUAUUUGUUUUAGAUAUGACAUGCAAUUCAGCAAAGCAAUAGGACCUUGAGCAAAAAAAACCUCAGCUUCCACCAAAGGCCUGAGUCAACAGAUGUGUCUUAAGUAGAUGCCCCAAGCCUAGAAGUUUUGAAGCCACUGGUGUCUCCAAGAGCAGAGAAUUGCACAAUCUACUGUACAUCAUCACACAGCAAGCUGCACCUAAUGAUAGGACAACUAGAAAGGCCCACCAACAAUCUCUAUGUUUGCACUUUUUAAAAACAUGAAAACCAAGACCAACACUUGCAAACCAAAGGAAGCAUGCCUAACUCAUUGUGCAGUGGAUUGGGGCCAUACUUGCGAGGAGUGUUAAAGACCUCCCUAUCCGCCAAGCUAUGUUCGUGAUCCAAACUGGGGCCCCUGCACUGGCAAUGUGUGGGAAAGAAAGAACCACCUACACAUACAAGCACAGCUACAUAUCUUAACAUAAUGUGUAGUUUAACUCUGAGUGGUGCAUCCAAUAAAUCGGCAUUCGCCAAACCGAUGCCCUCCAAAGGUUUUAGAUUACAACCUCCAUAAAUUGGAAAAGGUUCCUACUAAUCGAAGACACUGGGCAUUCCUUUUGUAAAUGCUGUGUCCUUUUCUAAGAGAUCACUCUCUGUUUAAGGUGUAUCAAGAAUGAGGAACCUGCAGCCCUCAGUGCUGUUGGGCUGCAGCCCAGCAGCCAUCAGCCUUGGCCAUGCUAGUUGGGGCUGGUUGAUGGUAAGGGUGUCCAAGGACAUCAGAAAGGCCUGAGGUUCCCCAUUCCUGAUGCGUAUGGUGAGAUCUUGUUUCUGUGGUAUAUUACAGGUCCCAUAAAGAGCACUCAUAAGUAAGAUGGCUUUGUUUUUGUUUUUUGAAAUACUGUCACAGAGUUGGAGAGUGUGGAGGACUAGAUGCUACUGAGUUGCCAAAGGAGGAACAGAUGGAUUGGGAGAUGGGGGUAAAAGAUGGAAGAGCUAUGGUGGACUCUUUCUUGGGGAGCUAACCAAUAAAACACACACACACACACACACACACAGACACAGAAGGAAGGACAGAGCCUCUGGCUCCAGGAUAUUUGAAUCCUCUGAAUUUCUGUCCCCCCCUAUAUACUUUUAUACUGCCAUUUCACAGGGUUUAGGUUGUGUUCUUGUUUUAAUGAUACAUUAUCUGUUUUAGACUGUACACCGCUUAGAUAUUUUUGAAAUAAUAAUCAGUAUAGAAAGGCAUUUGAAUAACUAUAAGGAAAGGACUGUCCUUUUUUUCUGGGAGGGGGAGAGAAGAGGGAGAAAACACAGAUGAGGAAGAAGAGUGCAAGAGACAAGUGCUGGCCCAAAGGGUGAGAUUUUUGGUCUCCACCAUCCUGACUCCUGCAAAUAAGCGUUGGUGUCAAAAGAGUUGCUUCCAGCUGCCACCUGAGUGGCAAGAACUCCAGGAGCAGAAUGAGGCCAAAUAGAGGAAAUCAGGUGCAGGACCUCUGUGGUGAUGCAGCCCCUCAGAGCCUUAAGUUUGGGGAAGUGGGUUGUGUUAAGGAGCCCAGGAUGAUGUGUGCCAUUGAAUGGGAAACUGUUCUCUAGCUGGCUAACCACCUUUGUUAUAACAAACACUAAUGGGAAGCAGUGUUAGAAACUGAGAUAUGAAAGCUAGGAGCUAAAUGACACCUUAAGCCUAGGUUAUGGGCACAACAACGGAAUGUCUAGGCGCGCUUUUUUAUAACAAGAAUACAAAGCUGAAAAUGAAUGAACUGCAGCUAAAAUAAUAUGUUCAUUUUUCACAUGGUCUAGUCCUUCCCCUGCCCACUCCCCUAAGAGGGUCUCUUCUCCAGUCUUCAGAAAGUAGCUGGAAGUGGGGAGGGAGAAAAAGGUCCUCCUUUCCUUCCACUCUGCAGUUUUAAUCUGAAAUUUUAGGCACAGUACGGCGCCUAAACAGAUCACGCUAAUGAAAUUCCCUGUUGCAAAAUGCGCCUAGAACAAUGGGAGUUUCUAACACAGAUGGGAAUUGCUUCUUCUGUAUCCCAAAGGAAGGAAAUUGAGCCUUAAAACCUAGAGCUACUUCUGUCUAAUCCAGAUGUCACAGACGGACUAUCUAAUCUAGCCUCUGCCCCACUCACCUCCCCCCACUGCUGAUCAAGCUAUGCAAUUAAUAUUCCAGCCUUAUCUGCUCACAGAAGAAUUGUGUGACUUUGGAAGUGUGCUAGCUGUAGGGAGCUCUAAGCACCGUGCACGAGUCAAAGCUUUCCUUGUCAGGAGCCUCUGCAGGGAAUGAAUGGCAUUGUAAAUGGCCUUGUCUAGCCUGAGACUUUUUUCCGGUCUCAGUAAAAAAUGCUCUGAAUGCAUUAAUGCGAAGAAAACCUACAUGCUUCUAGUCUUUGUCUUUAUCCCUUUGCGAGCAUAAUUUGUUGAAUGGAUCGCUCCGAAUGCAUCUAAUAUGCACAUGAUUUGCUGCCUCUGUGGAGGGGCUGAGAGGAAGGCAAAGUGUACGUGUUUGACAGGUCUGUGUAACACAAGCACACAGUGCACUGCUGAACGUAGCAAUUAAACAUGCUGCUUGUCUUGUCCAUGGGAGGGAGGAAAGCGACACGUUCAGACGGUUCCGCUUUGCUCUUGGAGGAAACUGAUUAUUAUUAACAUCGCUAUCCUCCAGCGGCAUCUUUAAGGAAUGAAAAGAGCAAUAUUGGGACAAAUUUGUGCACACAGAGGAAAAAAAAUGAUUUAUUUUUUAUGUGUCUGUCUUCGCUACUUCCUUUGAUUGUUCUAAAACCUUUUCUUCUAGAUCCCACCACAGCCACGCCGUGCAGCUCCCGUUACUCCGCCACCGCCAGAGAAAUACAAAAACACACAGAUGGCUGCCUCUGUUAAAAGUAAGAAAAAAACUUUUUGCAGCUGUAUGACACUGAGGAUCAGAUGCAUUGCUCAACUAACUUAUUUGGUUGUCAACUAUUAGGAAUGUGGAAAACUUGCUUAUAGUAUGUCAGGCUGUUGGUCCGUCAAGCUCACUAUUGUCUACAUCACGGUGGGGAUCCUCUGAGUCACAGGCCUGGUUAGGCCCACCAGGCCUCCCCGUUUGAACUGUCAGAUCGUUUUGGCCAAGCCACAUCCACCGGCCCUAUAAACAUCUGGGGUAGGGUGGGUAACGUACCGCUGAGCUACUUCCGGCUGUGUGUGUUCCACAAGAUGGAAAGGAGUAUAUUAUGGAUAAGAGUUUAUUCCAAAUGUUUUGCUUUUGUAUCUUUUGCCAUGGAACUUAGAAGAAGGCUUGCAGUCCUAGAACGAUUUUUCCCAGUUGUUCUAAAACCUUCUAGCAGAAAGCUUUCCAGACUUCUCAUGUUGGUGACACACUUUUUAGACAUGCAUCAUUUCGCAACACAGUAAUUCAGUUUUACUAGCAAACCGGAGGUUAAGCUAACCCCUUUCCAACCCUGGAAGCAACGUGGGGAACUUUUGCGUGACACACCUACACACUGUAGCUGACACGCUAACGUGUCGUGGCACACAAUUUGGAAAGCUCUGUUCCAGCACGAUUUCAGCUAGUUGAGAACUUCAGGCUGUUCCCGUAUGAUUUUUUUUACAAAACCACCAGUCCUAUGACUUAAAGCUAUUAUCAUGGGAAGAUUUGCAUGAGUAAGCACACAAUAUAAACAUGCGUAUUUUAGAAAGCUCAGGAAUGGAUUGGUGUAUGUUUGUGUCCUUUGUGGCUAGAUUUAGGUAUUCCAGAAACUGCUGGAAUCUUUCAUCAGAGAGAUACAUGUGCCUAGGGCUCCCACCUUAAGAAUUUUGGUUCUGGUAGUAACUUGGAGAGAGAACUUAAGAGAUUGAUGAUAAAUAGCUUCAUGGGAACCACCACCCCUCCUUCUUCCUUUCUAGUCAGUUUCAGAUGAGCUGGAAGUGGCAGUGGUUGGUCUUUCCCAAAGGACGUGGCAGUAUUUGAAUGACAGGCAUGCCUCUGUGCUGCUAGUUGCUUUGGCUAAGGUGCAUAAGCACUUCUUGUUGUUCUUUGGAGUACUGCAACCAAGUGUACUGAGAAUCCCAGCUUUCCCCUGGCCAAGAUGUGAUAAUUCCAUAGAUCACCAGGGGGAGCCCACUAAUAAUGCAAUGAUGAAGGGCUCAAUUAAGAACGAGCUUUCUGGGAACAAUCCAUCCUGCUCUUUGUUCGGAGCUGAACAUUGUAGAAGCGGUGCUCUCGGGAACCAUAUUCUUUCAGCUUUUACCAGGAGGGUGUGUCAGUUAUGCAACUGCUGGCUGUCAAUGAUGUAUGUUCAUUAAAUCUGAAAUGCCCAGUGUUGUUGAGAACAAAGCAGAUAAUUCUCCGGUGCUAUACUUUUUUAGAAAAUGGAUUAUCCAAAGGGUCAACCUUACUCAACGGGAACUAUUUUCUUCAGGAAUGCCCAGUGCAGACAUAAAACAUAGCCAUGGUUAGAACCAAUCAGCAUUUGUUGCUUUAACCCUGGUUAAGGUUCCUAAGCUAAGUGUUGCCCCUUUAAGUCACCAGUGAGACCCACCUGUCACCUUGUAAUCAGAAACGUUUGAGUGUCGGAGGCUGAGCCUAAGUCAUAGACCAGGGUUGCUCAUUCUGGAUUUCAGUCAGUCCUGACUACUGCUAACCAAAGUUAUAAUAGCUGUACACACAGCCUCUUUGCCCCUGCUUCCCUCUUCCUUUCAUGCACAUAGUAAAACAAACCAGGAAAUUGCAGUUAAUCAAAGCUUCCCCUUAUGUCUGAAAUGGGCAACUGUGGUUAAUGCCUUCCAAACAAGUCGGGGAACUAGAGGUGAAUUUUAAACCAUAGAUCCAUAUCUGGCUUGCUUCUAAGCCAUUAGUUUGGGCAUGUUACCAUCGGCUUUCUGCCUGCUUCCCCUGCUUAUGCAAAGGGAGGAGUGAAGAAGGAGCAAAAGGGCCUUUUUAGGUGCAUAUGUAGAUUCAAGCUGAACUAUUCCAGCUGAACUAUUUAAAAAUUUAAAAGAUGAUGCUGUUAAGGUGCUACACUCAAUAUGCCAGCAAGUUUGGAAAACUCAGCAUUGGCCAGAAGAUUGGAGAAGAUCAGUCUACAUCCCAAUCCCAAAGAAGGGCAGUGCCAAAGAAUGCUUUAACUACCGCACAGUUGCACUCAUUUCACACGCUAGCAAGGUUAUGCUUAAAAUUCUACAAGGAAGGCUCAAGCAGUAUGUGGACCGAGAACUCCCAGAAGUGCAAGCUGGAUUUAGAAGAGGCAGAGGAACCAGAGACCAAACUGCAAACAUGCGCUGGAUUAUGGAGAAAGCAAGAGAGUUCCAGAAAGACAUCUACUUCUGCUUCAUUGACUAUGCAAAAGCCUUUGACUGUGUCGACCACGGCAAACUAUGGCAAGUUCUUAAAGAAAUGGGAGUGCCUGAUCACCUCAUCUGUCUCCUGAGAAAUCUUUAUGUGGGACAAGAAGCUACAGUUAGAACUGGAUAUGGGACAACUGAUUGGUUCAAAAUUGGGAAAGGAGUACGACAAGGCUGUAUUUUGUCUCCCUGCUUAUUUAAUUUAUAUGCAGAAUUCAUCAUGCGAAAGGCUGGGCUGGAUGAAUCCCUAGCCGGAAUUAAGAUUGCCGGAAGAAAUAUCAACAACCUCAGAUAUGCAGAUGACACAACCUUGAUGGCAGAAAGUGAGGAGGAAUUAAAGAACCUUUUAAUGAGGGUGAAAGAGGAGAGCGCAAAAUAUGGUCUGAAGCUCAAUAUAAAAAAAACGAAGAUCAUGGCCACUGGUCCCAUCACCUCCUGGCAAAUAGAAGAGGAAGAAAUGGAGGCAGUGAGAGAUUUUACUUUCUUGGGCUCCAUGAUCACUGCAGAUGGUGACAGCAGCCACGAAAUUAAAAGACGCCUGCUUCUUGGGAGAAGGGCAAUGACAGGCCUAGACAGCAUCUUGAGAAGUAGAGACAUCACCUUGCCAACAAAGGUCCGUAUAGUUAAAGCCAUGGUUUUCCCAGUAGUGAUGUAUGGAAGUGAGAGCUGGACCAUAAAGAAGGCUGAUAGCCGAAGAAUUGAUGCUUUUGAAUUAUGGUGCAGGAGGAGACUCUUGAGAGUCCCAUGGACUGCAAGAAGAUCAAACCUAUCCAUUCUUAAGGAAAUCAGCCCUGAGUGCUCACUGGAAGGACAGAUCGUGAAGCUGAGGCUCCAAUACUUUGGCCACCUCAUGAGAAGAGAAGACUCUCUGGAAAAGACCCUGAUGUUGGGAAAGAUGGAGGGCACAAGGAGAAGGGGGUGACAGAGGACGAGAUGGUUGGAUAGUGUUUUCGAGGUUACCAGCAUGAGUUUGACCAAACUGCGGGAGGCAGUGGAGGACAGAGGUGCCUGGUGUUCUCUGGUCCAUGGGGUCACGAAGAGUUGGACACGACUAAACAACAACAACAAAUAGAUUCAAGCUGAAAUUUUCAAUAACAAUAACUCCAACACAUCUAGAAUCAAGAGCACUAGGAAGAAACUGUGUCCAAAUUUUUUUUGUCUGUUUCCUCUUCAGAGAUAGAUAGCUAAAAAUCCAAAAAAGUUGGAAGGAACCAUGAACCUUACUAAACUAGGCACAUAGUGAGGCAAAUACAACAAAAGCAACUCAUAUCGCUUAUAAAACCAAACAGAAGGCUUGAGGUGUGACGGUCAAAGUAUUGGAUUGCGUGUAGGUACUAAUAAUUUGCUUAGUACCAGAUUGAGCACAUACAAUGAGUUUCAUUAUUUAAAGUUUAAUCAUGCUGGAUUAUUAGGUGCAAAGGAAUUAUGCUAGAUCAGCCCUAGUCACCCAGGGGAAAUUUAUACUCUGUUGAAGCAACCAGGCAAAUGAUAGCAUUGGAAACUUGGUGUAAGGAAAACAAACAUUGGUUAAGCAUUAUGACUUAGGCCAAAAAGAAUAAAGUAUAGUAUUUAAACUUGUGCGUUACUUGAGUCCUACUGGUCUUUGACCGUAAUAAAUUAUCUGAAUCUGAGUCCUACUCUGUAUAGAAAAGAGAUCAGUAGGUAUAGAGGUUGCCAAUGUUUCUUUAAAAUAAAUAAAGUAAAGUAAAUAUUCUGGAGCCAGAUCCUGCUAGGCAUGUGUGCUGAGUACAAGGCAAUGAGAGCGUGUUAGUGAUUCAUUAGCAAUUUAAAAAAUCUUUUUGGGAAUUGAGAAUAAAUCUGUUCCCCUUUGGUUUUUAAGAGUGGUGGGUAACAUAAGGGUGAUACAGUUAAUCAAGAAUUAGAAUCAGCGUUGUUGCCAUUUGAAAGUACUGCUUAUUUCCUUUUACAGAUAAGAUUCUCAAGUUGUUCAUCUAUGUCACUAUUUACUAUAUAUACUCUUCCUUGUCUUAGCAAUGAAAGACUGACUGUGGGGUAUAUAGUAGCCUAUUUUGGGAAGAUAAGGAAUAAAACUUUGUACGGAAAUGCAGGCAGAAUCUUAAACAAGACAUUCCAGCAGUUGGACUGUUCGUACAUAUAUGCUUGAUUUGCCUUGAGUAUUCGGGUUUGUGAAGGUAUGAGUUUACUGCCGCAAAAAUAGCAUGGUACUCAGAAAGCCUUAACCAGCAAGAUUGCUGAAGAAAAUAAAUUACACAAAUCUAAUAAAUUUAUUUAUUUAUUUUACUUAUUAGGUACAAACCAUUCCUAUUAUCUGUAAAAGUUGCAACUUCUUUCCACUUCUUAACAACGCCAGCCAUGCAAGAGCGAAUCGUAAUAUAAUGCAAGGUUUUUUUGUUACUGAAAACCAAAGGGCAUCCAGAAAUUCCAUGCAGGAGGAAGAUCUCUGACCAAUUUUAGGAUAAACCUUGUGAACCAACAUCCCAUUGUGUUAACCAACAAGCUAAAGGUCAGGCAUGCAGAACUUUUUGGCCUGGAGGGCCAGAUCUUUAUCUCCACCCCACGGGCCAGUUUUGUCAGGCGGAUGGGACCACAUACUGGUCAGUCAUAUUACAAUAUAAUGAUGCCAGGUGAUUGACACCUGUCUAAACACAGUGUUCUUCAUAGUGCUUUCCAGAAGAAGAAGAAGAGUUUGGAUUUGAUAUCCCGCUUUAUCAUUACCCGAAGGAGUCUCAAAGUGGCUAACAUUCUCCUUUUCCUUCCUCCCUCACAACAAACACUCUGUGAGGUGAGUGGGACUGAGAGACUUCAAAGAAGUGUGACUAGCCCAAGGUCACCCAGCAGCUGCAUGUGGAGGAGCGGAGACGCGAACCCGGUUCCCCAGAUUACGAGACUACCACUCUUAACCGCUACACCACACUGGCAUCCAACAUUUCCAAGCAUCCAACAUCCAACUGAUUGUUGGGCACUUCUGAAAUGCUGCGUGAAGCACUUUGUAAGCCAUGCACAUGGUGACUGUCAGCCAGCCAGCAGGGCCAGCAAAGCCCAUCAGUCAACAUCCUAUGACUUCACUUAACGUCCUAUGACUUCAGGCGUAUGUUAGGUGGGCAUGGCUUACCUGAUAUAGCCUUGUGGACCCUGGCAGGCUAAGUUUUGCCCAUGAGCCACAAGUGUUAUAGAGGGGUGGCGGUCAGUACCUUUUAGCCAAUGAUCUCUGUUGUUGACUUCUGUACAUAGUACAUUCUCUGUACUAUUCUCUGUACACUGGUGCUUGAAAGUAGCUGCAGAAGGGAAAAGGGGGAUGCUUCAGCAAUGGGCAGUUUUCCUCUUGUAAUUUGAAAUAUGUAAGAAACAUUAUUCAAAAGUAAUAGCCGUAUGCUUAAAAAUGAAAGAGAAAAAAAAGUGCAUCUAUUCCUGCGGGGAAAAUCUCUUCCACCCGCAGAUUAAUGCUUUUUAAUAAAAACACUGGGAUCUUUGAAGAAAAUUCAUGUCUGCAGAGCAGCUUUUUCUCCCUUGUUGGAAAGAGGUUAGUGAUCAGGAAUACUCAAGGGAGAGUUAAUACAAUUUUGCUUUGAGAUAAGUGAACCAGGAAGGCUAGUUAAACUACUUUGGAAGCAUGCACAAUGAGCUUCUUAACGGACUCUGCUGUUGCAGUUUGUUUUUUCCCCUCCUUUCCUUUGAUGCUGUUGCUAAGACAUUUUAAUCGUUGCCUUUCAGACGCAGUUGAAAUCACCUCUCGGUCAGUUUCUAGUGCCUCCUCUGUAAGCACAACUUCGCUGGAUACCUUGUACACUGGCUCGACAGAGUCUGCUCUCCCGACUGCUACUCCCAGCCCCAGCAACACCCCUCCCCCUGUUCCCAGCAGAAGUGCCCACACGAUGGCAUCGCACAGCUUGGAUAUUAGCCCGCCAGGGCAAAGAAAGCAUGGGAGUGCAAGCAAAUCACCCCAGACCAAGAGGGCUGCCCCACAAGUGCCCGUGCAAGCAGGGGCUUCAGGUGCAAAUGACGAGAAGACCGUACAAGCCAAGGAGACUGUGCCAGUUGCUCCUGCGGAGGCAGAGGAAUUUGACUCCCUUCGCCCGGAAGAUAAAAAGUCAGCUGAUCUAGAGGAUGCAGAUCAUGAAUCACCGAGCCUAGUAGUAUCUGUGCCAAAGACAAUAGGCGCCGAAUUGAUUGAACUUGUCCGCAGGAACACGAAUCUCAGCUAUGAGCUCUCCCGGGUUGCCAUUGGUGUAGUAAUUGGCCAUAUCCAAACUUCUGUUCCUGCCACUAAUAGCAUCAUGGAGCAGAUUCUCAUCUCAUUGGUGGAAAGCAAGGUAGGAAAAUACAUAGCUUGAAAAGCAUUUUCUGUGGCUUGCUGGCUGAUGAACUUUGUUUUUAGAAGGCAUGGGGUUUUUUUGGUGGGCAGGCAGUGACAUGAGUUGGGAGCUCAAGUACUUAGGUGACUGAGGCAGCGUGGAUCAUAUUCUGUCCAGCAUAAGAGUGGACAUAUCCCCUUGAGGUUAUGUCGGCUCCUUUAGAGAUGGUUGAACUUCAGACUAGCAGGGUGUCCUUGAUUUUUUUGUUCCAGAAUCCCAAGAUCCACCAAUCACAGCCAGGUGCAAAAUACACUGAAUAAGAAUUAAAUAAUUUUGAGCCCAGAAAUUUGAUUCCAGAACCAGAGCUGAAUUGAGGUCACAGUCCUUUCAGACAAGAAUCUGCUCCUAACUACCCCUGUCCCCUGGUGUGUCAGAAGAAUAAUUUGUGGCCGGGAAGGGGGUGUUGUUACUGUUAAACAAUUGGGAGUCAAUAAUCCUUGCCAAUCUGCUUCAAAUUACCCAGCUCUACCAGUAUAUCCUGCUUUCUGCCCUUCCUUCUCUAUGGUGUUUUUGUCACCUCAGAAAGUAGCAGAAUGCAUGCUCGGUUACUGGGCUUUAUUUAUGAAGAGAUGGUAGAAUUACUGAAUACUUCAUAUGCCAGAAGAGCAACAGAAUAAAAAGGGAAUGGGAUCAUGCGGUCUUGUUGACAUCCUUAUUGGUAAACAAUACACUGGCAACAUAGGGUUAGGCAUACAGAGAAAGAACUGCAUAAAUCUGGCCUGCAUAGUUUGGAACCCUAAAUCGGAGAUGAUUUAGGCAGCAACUUAAUGACCCUGGUUGGUAUAGACUGAGUUAGUGUUAUAAAAGUAACAGUUGUCUAUAAGGGGAAAAAAUAAUACAGAAUCUGCAAAGAGGUGGGAGAACCAUAAGCAACAUUGGUUCAUUGCGAGGUCCUGUUCAGAUUAUUUUAUCCAAAACCACAUUUCCCCCCCUAAAUUAAGAGUUCUAGAGAUAAUGCUGUUACACUGCUUUGCGUUCAUAUGGCCCCAAAAGUCAAAUCCUUUGGUCUUGGUCAACCUGGGAUACAAUGUUUUCUUUUUCUUUUUCUUUUAUUUAUAUAUAAACUAGUUUUGUUUCUAUCCUGCUACAUCUUUUAUUUACCAGUGUAUGGUCUGAGGUCACUGCCUUGCUGAAGCUAAGCAGGCCUGGAUCUGGUCAGUGCCUGGAUGGGUGUCCGCCUGGGAACCAUGUGUAAAAAUUAGUGUAAAAUAAUCAAGUAACAUCCCAGCAACAUUAUCACAGGACAGAAACAGCAUCAAGAGCAUUGCCAUAAAAAGUGUGUUUGGAGAGGGCUCUUGAUUUCCUGGCUCAGUGCGCUCAGUGACAUGGAAAGCCAGAUCUCCCACAGCUAUGAAUUACAUGAUGUGAGCACUGAUUAUGAGAAGGUCUGAUCCGUGUCCUCUACACCUCACAGGUAGAUGGAUGCUUAACACAGAUUCCGAUGGGUGCAGCAUGUAGGGCCAGGUUUAUGCUUUGUUCACAGUUUCCAAUUCCCUCUUUAACUCACCAAGUGGCAUCUUCAAGCCACUUGAGCUAUGCUGGAACUGCUCGUUCCCCCAACAUUAAAUUGCGCACUCUUGCCACUGACUCCAUAGUCUGUCUGGCUAACUGGCUUUAAGUGGAAAAAUAUUAAAUUCAGUUCCUUUCUGUUGUGUGGUAGUGGAGAAGGAAACUUCCUACUGACCUCUAAUAGGAAAGCUUUAUUGAUGCUGGCAAGAUUACAAAAGGGUUUAGCGAGGCAUACAGUUAUGGAAAACUGUUUUGCUCAAAAUUCAGAUCAAAUCGUAAUCCACUUAGCUGUCCAUAGUGAACACAAUCGCUAGAUGCAGCAGCGGAACUUCACAUUUCUGGGAUCAUGUGACCCACUGGGUAAUCAAGAUAAUUGCUUUUUAACUUGAUAAAGAUGGCGUAUCAAUACUCAGCCUCAAUUCAGCAGAAACCUAUAAGCAAUUUCCUGCUGCAGCCUUUUCUCCCUGCACCCUGUCUACAAUUUGGCUUAGACUGUUGGUUUCUGUUCCUGUUCUAUGGCUCAAAGGAAACACCUACAAUACUUUGAGCUGACCGUAUCCUGAUAAAACACUAACAAAACUAAUUUUUAAUUGAAGACUGGAAAUGUGUGGAGUCUGUGCACCAACUUCUUGUGUAAGCAUAAUUUUAAAGGGCUGUAUCCAAUGCUACUGCUACUCAGAGUUGCUCCAUUGAAAUUAAUGGGCAUGACUAGCUUAGGUCUCUUAAUUUCAGUGGGUCAACUCUAAGUAGGACUAGCACUGGAUCCAACCCCAGAUGUGCAACCUCUCUUGUCACUUUUUCCCUACUCAGAAAAACAAGACCGUGGUUUUUCCCCCAUUGGGCAGCGUAUGGCAAAAAAUUAUCAAUAUUAUUAAUUCCAUUUCUGUACCGCUUUAUAUUUUAAAGAAAAUUUUCAAAAGUGUUUUAGAACACAUUAAAUAAUCAAAUAAAACAAUCCAAAAUAAAACAUUACUGAAGAAAGUCAAAUAUAAAGUAUACAGUCAAAGCAACAGGGCAGCCAAGAGUGUCUACGAACCCAGGCAAUUUCCUUAAUACUUUAGUGGAAGUGAAGAAACCACCAAAAUCUUAAAAACAGAGCUAAACCACAAUCCUAGAAGUAUUGUUCUGAGUUUGAGGGGCAGCAUGUAACAGUAUUACUUCAUGAUUCAUCUCAAGGUCAACCCCAUCCCAAUUACCUUUUUUUUAGCUGACUAUAAAAACCUAAUUGCAUAGUGUUUGGGUGAGCUAAUUCAGCACUUAUUAUAAAAUAAAACCUACAAGCAUGAAAUUGUUGACAAGGGAAGCCAUGUGUAUGAAGGUAAUGCAUAAAAAUUAUUCGGGGCCAGCAACAAAUUUAAAAAACCAAAUUAAAAUUGCGAUGAUAAAAUGUUGGGGCAAACAAAGCCUUAGAGCCCACAUAUUUUCACAGUUGCUCUGAAGCGCUUUCCCCACCUUUUAACAGUCCACUUUAUUUCCCUCCCAUCUCCCAUCCACAGGGUUUCCACUGUGAACCAAGCCGUUAAUGGACUUGAACGAGAUUAAUCUAUUAGCAAAGCUCUCUAAUCUGACUAACUUCUUGACAUAUCAUGCGCCUCCUUAAUGCGAUUUCAUCACUAACUCCAUUUCUUUCACUCGCACUGCUAGGGUCAGGUCUGCUCUUAUUAAGUAACUAGCAGCUAUUACUGCUGUAUAGCCACCCCAUACAUUUCCAGGAACCAGACUAUGCCUUACAAAAGCCAACUUAAAUGAUUUACACUACAGUAUUUGUAAGAUGUGCCUUAAGCUCAUCUGUGUUUGUCAUUCUGCAUUUGGAGGGCAAAAUUAUACGCGGGAAACAUCCAAUCGCAAUCUUUUCCGCUGAAGAGAACAUGAUUAUUUUGGGAAAGUUCCCUCUGCUGCUAUCUCGCCUCCACUGCUAACAGAUGGAAUGGCAAUUCUACUGUGCGAAUGUGGCUGCACUUCUGCAAAAGCUGCUCUGCUCCUUUCCCCCUAAGUCCUGGCUAGCCGUUCUAGAGAGCCAGUGGCACUCUCAAAAAACAUGUAAGCAAUAUUUUUAGGGGCGGGGGUUGUUUUUUUUUGAAUGGGUGUGCACAAUCAUCUCCCCAGAGCCCUAAAUAAAUAAAUAAAUAAAGGUAUCAUUGUACAUUACUCCGUUGAUGACUGUGUGAUAAAUCCCUGUACUAACCUAUGCUUAAUGCAAGAGAUGGGGCUGCCAUCUCAACAGCACAUCCUAGGAGACUCCAGCCCAGAUUAACAGUGCCGAGUGAGACAGACACUUAAUUCAAUUUACUGAGCCUCUCUCUAGGGUAGAGCCUUUGGAAACUUAGUGUUUCAUUUAGGAGCAAGCUCAGCUCCCUGGCUGAGUGUGUAGUAAUUACAGGGUGUUUCCUUCCUCCUUCUUCUGGAGUUAUAAUCCUCUUACAGAGAAGGCUAUUUUACAGCGCAAUGGAGGCAAGUGCUUACAGAUGUUCAGCAGCACCGGACAGCAAGAGGAGUUUUUUUGGCUUCUCCUAUUGCAAUAAUUAUGCUUCCCCCACUUUGCCUGUCAGGUAUUCCCAUCGUCAUCUGUAGGCCAGUCACUCAAGCACUCCUUCCACAGAGUUAUUGGGCUGCAAGAUAUGCUUUGGUGACUGCAGUCAAGGGACUUAAGGCGCAGCCAGGUUUCCUGAUCCCAGAAGGAUCCCAAUGUUUGUCUUGUAAAACUGGAAGUGCUGAACAGCACCGGACACCAAGCUGGGUUUCUUUUAUUUAUAUAUAAGCUUACAUUUAUUUCUAUCCUUGUGUGUGAAUCCCCACACAGUUACUUCUGCUCCAAAUGUAGUAACUUUCCCCGUACAACUAGUGAUGGCUGUCCAAUUCCAGUACUUGUUUCAGCUCUGGAUCUGGCUCUCCCAUAUUUAUAGGAGGAGGCAAUAUCAUGAAGCAUUUUCAAUUGAAGACCCCAUAGUAAUGCAAUGGGCAUAGGCCCCAGCCAAGAAAAAGCAAAUCCCGUAGCUGCUUAUAGAUCAAACCAAACCCCUACAAGAGGAUGUUUGGAGCUAUUUAGUCUAGGGAGAAUUUUUUAAAAAAAUGAGUAAGUGGGGAUGCUAUGGAAGUUCACAAAAUUACACAUGGUGCAGAGAAAGCACUGUCACAGAUGAGUUGUGAAUGCUAGCAAAGAUAAGAAUCCGGGAAUCCAGCCAUAUUUACAGAGAUUUAAUGGUUACUUCAAAGUAUUUACAAGAGUUCAAAGAACGAUACCAUCACGAUGAGUCAGUUGCCUCGACUGGCUCUUUCCGUUUCUUCCCCCAGCUGAUCCACCUCCUAAGCCCAACCCCCCUUCUUCCUCUGCUACAAGAGUGGCUGGGCCCCGGAAAUGACUCCCCCCUCUCAGAUUCAUUGACUCCCGACAGCCCUUUGUCUCCUUCCUCGUCCGAGGAGGAGCAACUGCUAAUUAAAGGCACAGGAUCUCUGUAAGUGCCCAUUCUCUCCCCCUUCUCCCCCUUCUCUGCCUCCAAUUCCCUGACAAGCACACUGGGUGAUUUUUUUCUCUCCUCUCCUGUCAUAAUAGUAGAACCCAAAAAGCCAUCCAAUGAAGCUAAACGGUGGGAGAUUAAGAACAGACAAAAGGAAAUACACAGUGCAUCUUUACGCAGUGCAUAGUUAAACUAUGGAAUUUGAAGUCCAAAGAUGGCCAACAUUGAAAGAGGAUUAGUCAAAUUCCUGUAGGAUAAGGCCUAUAAUGACCAUUAUUCAUUCAUGAUGGCUAUAGAUUACAUUGAGUGUCAGAAAAUCAGUACCUCUGGGUACCAGUUUUUGGAGAUUAUGAGCAGGAGAGUGCUGCUUCCCUCACCCCCUGCUUGUAGGCUUCCUGCACAGACAUUUGGUUGGCCGCUGCGGAAGCAGAAUGCUAAACUUGAUAGGCCUCUGGUCUGAUCCAGAAGGGCUGCUUUUUAAAUCUUAUGGAUGAAUGCAUGUUUGCCACACUUGGAUAUUAAACAAAAUGUGCAGAGGGCAUGUGUGCAGGGGCACUGAAGUUACCACAGGAGCAGCUUACACAGUGUGCGAGUGGGCCUUCAGCAGCCUGUCAUUAUGAGGAUGUAUGUUCUCUUACUUUGCCCAAAUGGGCAAUAUGUUAAAAGGCAAUUUAGAGAAAUAAGUGGAAACCCAAAGCUCAAGGGAAAGCUAGCCUCUACUGACAUUUUAAAAAGAAGUCUCUCCUACAUCAAAGGAGGCCUGAAUUACACCUUUGGCUAGAUUCUCUCCAUUCCUGCCUUAUUUAGGUAUAUGAGAGUACCUGAGAGGUACAAGUUCCUUCUUUUUGAAAUUGCUUCCACUAUAGAAUAAGUGCAAGGACACCCUGGCAGACUAUGCGCAACAUCAGAGGUAUGAGUAUAUUUCUUUUCCCUUGAUCCUUGUAUUGCAUGAACACAGCAGCAAGGCAGACCUGAAUGAAAAAUACCACAAGCAAUUCAUCCUUCAAAAGAGCACAUUGGGAAUAAGUCUGUGGUAAUGGAUUCUAAAAUUGAUUUAGUAAAGCAGUGCUUUGACUUUUAAUUUAAAGUAGGAGGACAGAAGAAAGGAUACAACUAAUUAAAGAAUGUAAUAUGAAGCCUGAAAAAAGGUUGAGAGAUUUAGUAUAGAGCAGCAGGAAGCUUUAAUCAAUGAUGAUCUCUUAUUCCAUUUGGGAGGAAAAAAUUCUUAGAAAAUCUUUCAGCUCCCUCCUCCAAUUCUCACUUUCCCCAGAAAAGUUGUUUGAGAAAGAAGCACUUAACUUCAUGCUGAAGCACUGCUGUCCAUACACACUUCAUGAGUUUGUAAAAAAACAUCCUCACAUUCUCAGAAACACUACUUAUACUCAAAAAGCUUUCUUAUACUCAAAACUUAGUCAAGCACCAUUUUAGCUUGAGGCACCCUGAUGGGCUGGACAGAGGUUCCUUGAAGGAAAGACCCUCAAGACAGGGAAUUGCCCCCACCCCCAAUAGCACAGGGACCAUGCUGCUUUGAGGCAGUCCCUUGGGGCUGGGAACAAUGUCUCAGUGUUGUAAACCUGUGAGGCCACUGCCUCAUCACUAUGCCCAGUGUUCAAAACUCCCAUUGUUCUAGGCGCAUUUUGUGACGGGCAGUUUCAUUAGCGCAAGCAGUUGCUGAGCUCAGGGCGCCGUACUGCGCCUAAGAUUUCAGAAUACAACUGCAGAGUGGAAGGAAAGGAGGACCUUUUUCUGCCUGCCCACUUCCAGCUACUCUCUGAAGACUGGAGAAGAGACCCUCUUAAGAAUAUUAGGGGGUGGACAGGGGAAGGACUAGACCAUGUGGAAAAUGAACAUGAUAUUUUGGCUGCAGUUCAUUCAUUUUCAACUUUGUAUUUUUGUUAUAAAAAAGUGCGUCUAGACAUUCUGUUGUUGUGCCCUUAGCUUAGGUUUAAGGUACCAUUUAGCUCCUAGCUUUCAUAUCUCAGUUUCUAACACUAUGCUGCUCCCACACUGCUGUUGACUAGUCUAGAGGUCAUCUUAUAUGACACAUUAGUUAAGCCCUAUCUUGCUGAUUACAGAACAAAGUUAGUUAUUGCACUAAGCAAAUAGCUGACUUGGAUCUUGAAGUUAUUAUAGUUCCGUGAUAAGUUACAUCAACCCAACUUUCAAUCCAUAUACACCCAGGGCACACACAGUGGCUCUUCAGGAGGAAGGACUGGAUAUAAAUUUAAUAAAUGCACAAGUAACAUAGUGGAACUGCUAUUAUGGCUGCCCAGCAUGGAUAGAGGGGAAACAGUUUUGAAUAUGCAGCUGCCCAAAUACACUGACCUUUGACUUCUUUAUCAUCAUGGAGAGUCUGGUCAUGAUGCCUCAAAAUAACAGUGUAAAACUAGGGUCUAACUUGUCUUCCAACGACACAGCUUAUUUGCGCACCUUUGCUCGCAAACACCUUUUGUUUACACUCUAUCAAUGAAACACUUUAGUUCUGCACUCUUCAGACUACCGACUCUUAAAUAGUCAGCCAACUACAAAUUUAGUUUAUUUCUUACCCAACUGGCAAUAUGGAGAGCAUGGACGUGAAAUACUUUAACUUACUUCUGGAUUAAACUUUUGCUGUUUGGGAACUUGCGUUGGGAACUUGUCUGAUUUGUCUGAUCACAUCCUCAGCAAGGACUGAGCUAGUGGUUCUGCAUGUACCUUAGCAUCAUACAAUGCUUCUCCCCUGGUUUGGGUCAUAUUAUGGUCUGAAUUGAUCUGUUUGUGGAAAAUCCUGUCUCAGACCAUAGGGCUGGAUAAAGACCUCCAGCACUAUAAGUCUAUGUGAAGAUAAAAGCAUAAAGUUUUAUCUUGGUCCUGAACAAAUGUUGCAUGAACCAUCUAUAAGGCUCAGUCAGUGUGGAUGCACAGAACAAGGACUUAUUUAUUGUGGCAUCACUUGUUUGGGGACACUCCUCCAGGAGAAGCCUGGUUUUUGUUUCACCAAGCUUUUGUGGUUUUCAGAGCCUAGUAUCUUUUGUCCUUUUUCCACUCUCCCACCCUCAUCCCAAAUAUAAGGCCUCGGGUUCAAUCUCUGACAUUUCAAGGAACUGCUGGGCAUUCCUCCCAUCUGAAACUGCUGAACUACAGCUAGCCACUGUAGUAGGGUCAGCAUUCAGCUAAGUGAACUAAUGGUCUGACAGUAUAAGGCGGCUUCCAAUUUCCUUCCUUGCAAAUUGCUUAGAUACUGAGAGAUGACAUUUCAAGGUGCUGAUGGCAAAUUCUAGGGCAUGUUUUGCAUGGAAAUCAGGCCUCUAGAGAAAUCAUCUUGCUCAGUUCCAACCAUGUGUUAUCCUUUCUACAUGAAUUACUUUUCAAAGAUCUCCCCCAUCCACACUGCAAAUUAGCCAGCUAAGGAACUCUUGGAUGUAUCUAAGCAACUGCCCCUGUAUGGUUUUUGUUGUUGUGGGUGGUGGGGAGGCACCCAAAAAAAAAAACAUUAGCAUGAUCCUUUACCUAUUCCCAAUAUAGUACCAGUAGCGCUCCGUCUAAGGAAGGGAAAGAAAGGGUUGGAGAAAUCUGAUAGAGUUAACGGUACUUCUGUUCUCACAGUGUUGAUUUAAAAUGAGGUUGAAUGAACAGUGUGAUGGGAGAUGGAGAUCCUUACCAUCUUAACUCUAAAAUGAUGCAAGGCUCUUUUAGUUGGGUUCCUAGGGCUAUGAUUUUCAUCACAUUUUGCAAGCACAUAGCGUCACUUUCAUGCCUUGUGAGAAAAUGAAAGUUGCACAAAUAGGGAGAAAUAGAUUUCUAAUCUUCAAGAGAAUCACAGUUGCUUUAUACACCCCCUCUGCCAAUGUGAAUUCAUUUGUUUAAUCAGGUUAAUGGCAUAGUUGGCAGGUGCAAAAACCCAACAGUUGUAAGAUUCCCAAACUGCCUCCUUCCUUACAGAUAUGAUUGUGCCCAAUGAGCUGUAUUGUGUUGACACUUCUGCUCCCCAGGUUAUACACAUCUUUGAGGAAUAUCGUUUUCUGUGUACCAGCUGAAUUAACUAAUUGUUCAAGCUGUUUGCCAUCCAUUUCCCAGGACACUGAGCGGAACAGACAUUUCAGUUUUCAGAGUACUAAUUCAUGCUUAUGACUGAGGGUAUUCUCAUAAGUGAUACUAACCCCAUUCAACCUCUUGUGGCCAGUUCAAAUAAAACCUUUAUUAUUAUGGCCAAUGACCAUUAAGAAACCAGGGUAAGAAACAAAUAGAAGACAUUAUCCGGAUGUGGAAUAAAAUAAAGUAAUAUAAGUCCCUUGUGGCAUUUAUGGAUGCCUGUACAUGAUUUGCAAAUGGCAGUUCAUUGAAGGCCUUCACUUGGAAGGUGCACUUACCUUAGCCAUUUAAAUCUCAGUUGAAAAUUAAAUUAUAGUUGAAAACAAGUGCUUUUCCAGUAAGUGCUCACUGUUAAAGCGAUGUGUAUUAUUUUUGUUGCAGGAUCUUUGUUCAGGACUGCCUUCUGGUCAGAUCUGCCAUGACGAACAGAGGCUAAAGGUUAUAUUUGCAGAUCUGGCCCGCCAUAAAGAUGAUGCCCAGCAACGCAGCUGGGCCCUCUAUGAAGAUGAAAAUGUCAUUUGCUGUUACUUGGAGGAACUGCUUCGUAUUCUGGUAAUUUCCUGCUCUGGCUUUUGCAUGGCUGGAGACUUGGUUACUUUCUCAGAAUUCUGUUCAGCAGAAAUGUAAAAUUUGAUUUAUGUAUUAUUUAUUGAAUUUAUACCCCCACGUAUCCUCCCGGAGGAGCCCCGAGUAGCAAUCAAGAGAGGGUAACUUAGAGCUUUCCAAACUUUUCAUGUUGGUGACACACUUUUUAGACAUGCAUCAUUUUGCGACACAGUAAUUCAGCUUUACCCAUUAAACUAACCCCUUUCCAGCCCCAAGAGGAGCACGGGGAAGCGUUCGCUUAACACAACUACACACUGCAGCCAACACACUAACGUUGCGACAGUUUGGAAAGCUCUAGUGUAACUUUUUAGCUGGGGUGGGGGAUGAAAAAAAAUGAUACAGAUGCAUUUCUGUUAUAUAUGUGGCAUGAUAACCUUGUCUUGAUCCAUAUCUCUCUUGAGAGGCCAUCAUGUGUACGAACAUGAAUGUGAACUGAAAUGUGAAAUUGCCUAAUGUUGCUUGUUUUUAGAGUGAACUUCAAUAGCGUUUCUAAAGUAAGGAGUCUGCAGGUGGGAAUUUACAUUAAAAGGCCGCCUCUUUCAGAAGAGGCAUCUAUUAGCAAGCGGGAAAGAAGUCCAAAACAACUUAUACAUCUCAUAUUUGGUGCAUUUUAGUGAAUGUUCAUUGUUUAAGGAUGUGAUUGGCUCGAGGGGGUCCUUUUCCUCUUCCAGGACUGAAAUUAAAUUGGAAAUUUGGGGGUUUUUUUGGGGGGGAAACCCUUAUAAACUAUUUUAUCUUCCAGAAUGAGAGAUAUAUUACUUUAUAGGUAGCAGCAUGCUCUUGUUUCAGCAGCUUGCAUAGUUCUCUGGAAUUAUAUAUGGGUUUUUUUGUUUGGACCAUACAUCUGUAGACUGUUUUUGCUUCAGGACAGAGACUUGUUUUGGUACUGAAUAUAACUUUAGUUUGCAUUAUAUUAGUUUAUGUUUGGGGAAUGGAAAGAUUGCGGUUUGGGACAGAUCUGCAGGUUCAUCUUGCAUGGCUAUUGUCAGAAACAACCCAUUCUUGGUUCACUGGGAAACUGAUUUUUCCAUCCACAUUUCCAGACCGAUGCGGAUCCUGAAGUCUGCAAGAAGAUGUGCAAGAAGAAUGACUUCGAAUCGGUUAUGUCCCUUGUUACAUAUUAUCAAAUGGUAUGAGGCUGCAGUCAAUAUUUUUUGUUUCCAGAUAAUGGUAGAGGAUGUUUUAUCCCACGUUGAUGGCCUUUCAGCUGAUUCCCUGGUGGGCCACUGGAAUGCAGAGUUAACCAGGGCUAUCGACUGUCUGGCUCCAAAGUGCCCUCUCCGAUUUCAUGGAGCCCGGACAGCCCCGUGGUUUUCCCCAGAGCUGAGGGUGAUGAAACAGUCGUUGAGACGGCUAGAGCGCCAGUGGUGGAAAACUCACUCUGAAUCUGACCAGACACGGGUGUAGAGCUCCAGAGUGGCUGAGAAAACCCAGCCAGAUGGGCGGGGUAUAAAUAAAUUAUUAUUAUUAUUCUUGUUGUUGUUGUUAUCAUCAUCAUCACAGCUGCAUGUAGGGGGCACACUGUUUUCAUGUAAUCCUUGUUCACAAAUCAAAACUGAUGGAGAGUUUUUGGGGACAGGAGUAAGUGAAAAUGUGAACACAAGUUUACAACAUUGUUGUCAAGAACCUUAACCUCCUCCUGGCAUUCUCGGUUCCAGGAAUAUUUCUAAUUGGUUUGUCUAGCCUGUGAAUAGUGAACCUUUAGCCAUCCGGGUGCUGUUGGAGUCCAACUCCCAUCUGGCCAGUGGUUAGAGAUAAUGGAUGUUGUAGUCUGGCAACAUCUGGUGGGGGGCACAGUUUGCUCAUGCAUGGGCUUGCCAGUUAAAUCAGGCAACUAUGAAGGCUGUAGUAUUCCACACUACGAUCAAGUAGCCAAACAGUAAGAGCAAAGGAAGAAUAUGAGCAUGCUGAGUGUGAGCUUAACACUGUAAAUCUAGAGAGCGUAAGCUGUAAAUGAACCCAUAACAAAGGACUGCUUAUUUCCAAAGUUUAUUUGUGGCAUCAGGAAAAGUGUGCCUGAAAACAAGCCUUAUAUCUGGGUCAUGGACACAUCUCUGCUAGCGGCUUGGAAGAUAAAUCUAGCUGCCCCUUAUAAAAACACACAAAGGCACUCCACUCAGGAACAGAGGUAGCAGCUUUGCUGUCAUCGAGAGGAAGGAUUUCUGAGAAUGCCUUGGGAACAUUGGCAGGCUGUUCCUGCUCUUCUCUUAAUUGAUGCACAUCUGUGCAUUCAUAAACAGCUUUGGGUAGGAAAUUAGGUUAUGAAGAUACUUCUCUGGGACAAAGGAAGGAGAUCAAGUAUGCGGAGGAACAUGUAGGUGUUUCUCUUUAGUGCCUGCAAGAAUGCUUCUUUGCUCCAUCCCUUUCCGAGGGCUCGCUGUUACAGCCAUCUGUCCUAGAUAAUCCACUCUCCUAUGCUUGUCAUAAUUAAUUCAUUUUAUUUUAAACAUGUUUUUAUUUUUAAAAAAUCCAACGUAUGGAAAGUAGGGGGAGGUCUGUAGUUUACUGCUGGAGCAUCUUAUUUGCAUGCAGAAGGUUCCUGGUUCAAUGCCCAGCAUCAUCAGGUAGGGCUGGGAGAUGGAGAUAUUCCUGUCUAAAACCCCAGACAGCCGCUACCAGUCAUUGUGGUUGUGUCUGAACUAGAUCGACCAACGAUAUGACUUGGUACGAGGCAUGUUCCUGUGUGGUGAGAGUUGCCAUUGUGACAGAUAGUCAACUUGUAUGGGUCAGAAAUUAGUUUUACAAGUGUAAUGUUUCCUUUCUGUGAUGAAAUAUCUGAAAGGAUCUUCACACACAAAAAGAAAUUAUAGAGGAGUUGGAGUUAUUUAUUAGUGGAUAAUUCAUCUGUUCCCAGUUGUAUCAAUUAGGAGACUCUCUCUUGAGGAGUAAGCUUACUUUCCUCUAAUCCCAAACAAUACUUGGAUUGCACUCUAUCACAAAACUUGUGUGAUGCUACAAAUAGACACAGAAGGCAAAUUGGAAGGUGGUAAUAAGUGGGUCUGCCUCAAGUAGGAAGAGGUUUUCUGGCACUGUCUUGUAGUGCGCGGAGCUGGUUCAACAAGCCAGGAAGUCUAGGUUAACUGUCAUUUCUCUGUACAUCCAGUCCAGGAAACUGUGGUUAAUAACUCCCAAACAAUCUGUAGCCUCAUAUCUGGCUUGUUUAGAAGUCAAUAACCAUGGUUUCCAGGUUUAUUGAUUAUCUUAUUCAUAAAGAACUAGGCAAGAAACACUAAUGGUGAAAUCUGGUUCGCCACCAUUUUGCAUACCGUGAAAGGCCAGCUUCCAUGUGAACUCACUAACUUGAAACUGUUCCAGUGAAGAUAAAUGUACUCGCUUUGCUGAGCUCAGUUCUUAAACUAAAUACUUAACCUCGGUGAGUACUGAUAACAACCAGGAAGUAUUUGCCUGGCAUUUUGUCAUUUAAAAUUUGUCGUUUAAAACUUUUUAGGAGCACAGAGUGCCAUUACGGCUACUGCUUCUGAAGUGUUUUGGAGCAAUGUGCAACUUGGAUGCUGCUAUUAUCUCUGCUCUGGUGAAUUCGGUCCUGCCAAUGGAGCUAGCUCGAGACAUGCAGACUCAUACCCAAGGUAAGGCAAGCUUAUAAAAUGGCUCUUGCUACAUCUCUGCUGCUUGUCAUGGAGAUCUUGAGGUGGUAUUAUUAUUAUUAUUAUUAUUACUACUACUACUACUACUGCUGCUACUACUACUACUACUACUACCUACCCACCCAUCUGGGCAGCUUGUGAGGUAUUGUGGGGUUAUGAAGAUUGGGCAUCCAAAAUAAUUGUUACAGGUAUUUGGACAUCAGUCUAAUCCACCAUUGCAAGAUUCUAUGAGAUGGGUGUUAGUAGGAAAUUAAGACUGAUGGGCACAGUGGAGUUUUGCCACCAAGUUGAAGCAGAUAAGGGCUGAGGCUGGACUAUAAACAGGAAGAGAAGAGAGUGAGGGAAAGUAGAUCAGAAAGUACAUUCUCUUACCCUUAUCCUUGAUCAAUUGCCUGGCAUUUCUUCCAUCUUCUACAUCCUUGGAAAUCCUGUUGCAAGCUGAGGAAGUAGCUCACAAUAACCAAAGAGAGAGUGCUUGAGUUUUAGUUUGGGUUUUGCAAGCAUCUCCCGGGUAGCUGAGUGAGUAGUAAGGUGCUGGUCUAUGUGUUUUGAGUUUACUGGCCUCCUUCUAAAUGAUCAUUCAAGUAGCUUCUGUUUCCAUUUCCCCAGCUAAACUCUUCAAAUCUUGCUCAUUCUGAAUUGUUAUGAAUUUGGGCCCCUGGGAUUGUAGUUGAAUGUUCCGUUUUCAGUAUUUGGCUUCACUAGCAUUUCAUUUAAGUGACUGCAUGUCUCCCAGGUAAAUCUUCAAGUGGCUCAGAAGUUGGCUUGGGUGAGUUUGGAGACCAUUGAUAAAGGUUCUAUGAUGGAAAGUGUGUGUAAAUCUUGGGGAAGGGUGGCCUUGUUUAUUUCUGAUUUAGAUAUGAGGGAAGAGCAAUAGCAUGGAUAUGGCUGGGGGGGGGGUGAACUUGCCUGGUUCAGGCAGUUUAAAAAGGGCUGGUAGAUCUUGAUCUCGUGGGUGACCUCGUGUGAAGCCAUGUCUUUGAAAGCAAAGUUUUGCAGAAGAAAAAGAUUGGAAGUGCUUUCAUUAGACAGAGAACAUUUUUUAUUAACUAGGUUUAGCAGAGCCAGCUACUUCUGCUCUUCGAUAUGCAUAAAAUAUGCAGCAGGCUGAAUAAAUUAAUUCUGCAGUUUGUUUAUUGCUGCCAAGUGCCGAUUUAAAUCUCUUGGCUUUCUAUCUGUUCCAUGGCUUUGAUGGGCAAUGCAUACAUAUCUCGGAGAAAGAAGCCCAUGGUGUCUUUCUGGUGGGCUGUAUCUUGUUUCCUUUCACCUUUUUAUAUUCAGCUGCUGAACAUGGAAUAGUUAAAAAAAAGAGUUGCUGUCUUUGGCCUCGCGUGUUGUCACCUGUUGCCAUAUAGUACACUGGCAAAAGAGUGGGAGUUUUAUUGAGAUUUAAUGGGCUAUUUGAUUUUUUAAAAAAUCAGUUAAGUAUCCCUUAAAAAUUAUCUGGCUUAGUAUCACAUACACACACAUGUGCUGCAACAGACUGCCACCAUGGGAACUAGUUUAAUUAGAACUCUGAAACUAAUGCAAGCACAAAUGAUAAAGUCUAGACCCUUAAUCUUUUAAAACUGAAUCCAUAAUCCACUAUCAAACGUGGCAUUAACAGCCUGCUUUUCUAUACAAAUGAAUAACCCUUUGAAGGUAAGCAUUAUAAAUGAUCAUUAUAUGACUACCCAUAUUUGCAUCCCAUCCUUUGACUGAGCUCAGGGUAGUGAGCUACCUGUACAGGUGAAUUACCUCACUUUAUCCUCAUAGCAUACUAGUGAGAGGUUAGACAGAUGGUGUUAGCUGUGUAAGCUUAACUCUGAUCUUCCCAGUCCAAGUUCAGCGCUAACCUUUGCACCCCACUGCCUCCUGCGAUACAAUCCUGUUCAGGUCUGCUCAGUAGUAAGCUCCUCUGAGUUCAAUGGGACUUCCUCUCAUCCAGGUGAGCAUAAGAUUGCAGCUUUACCAGCUCUGGGUGGGAUUCAGCUGCACAACAUACAUCCGCACAAGCAUUUCAGCUUGCCAUAUGGAACAACUCCCCCUUCCUCUGUGUAGCUGUAUACAGUGGAACGUCAGUUGUCGAACGUAAUCCAUUCCGGAAGGCCGUUCAAUUUCCAAAACAUUUGACAACCGAGGCGCAAUGGGUGGGCGGAAGAUUCCAUUGAGAAACGCGUCUCGGAAGCUGUUCGACUUCCAAGGCACAUUCGAAAACGGAAGCAAUUACAUCCAGGUUUUCAGCGUUUGAAAACCGAAACGUUUGGCUUCCGAGAUACACGAAAACCAAGGUUCCACUGUAUCUAAAACGAGGUUUGCUGUCAGACAUCCCAAGGAUUUGGAAGCUUAAUGACUUUAAUCUAGAGUUACGGGUUAGAGGGAACAACCGGACAUUUACUAAAUGGGUGCAAUGUAGCUGUGGUAAUGAGAAACUGUGUUCCAUCUGUCUAGGGUGCAAACAGAUCUGUUCGAUAAGUCCAAACAGAGGCUCACUACACGGUUUCUUUGAAGAACAAAACUUUGAAGAGAAUCCAUUGGCCAUCUUUAAGAAAACCACAGUUCUGUUUUGUUUCAUUUGUCGCAUUCAAAAACCAUUCGAGGGGUACACUCGGGUGCUAAGCAUAGGGUUGAUAUGUACCAGUAAGAUGGCCUUUCCUCAGUGCAAGCAGCAAACAAGAGAGAGGGGAUUAAUUAAAGCCAGCAGAAGCACAAGGUAGGCUAGAGAACAUGAAUGCCCUGCGCUUGAUCGGAUGCAACUCUAAGCCUUGCUGAGCUGCAAGGGGAUGAGAGGGAAUGCCAGGCUGCCGUUAUCUGCAUACAGAUAGCCAAGAUUGUUCAGCCCUGAAGGUAUAAAAAAUUGGACAGUCACACUUAACACAAAUAAAAUGGGAAAACUACAGAGCAGAACUAGCAUGGGGGAGCAGGCGGGCGAUAUGUGUUCUUGAGUGGGUGGGAUGGUGAUCUGGGAGAUGGCAACUGGCUUCUCACGCAACGACCCAGCUAUGCUCUGUGAUACAUUCAUUCAUUCCCUGUGUUGCUGUAAUGCAAAUAUGAUCUGUGCCUGCACUUUAUACUUGUUAUGCUUAUAGAUGUCUGAGCUUUCUCUUUAUCACAGCAGUUUAUUGAUUGUCCACAGUGUCUGAAGUUGUUAGCAUUUUUUAUCUUGGCAUGCAAAAGUCUCUGUAAGGGUGUUUAUUUCUGCUGGUUAAGAUGGCAGUACUUGAAGCUGUAGUUCUCAUUGUUCACUCUAGCGGGAAGCUUGCCUGGAUUUCAAGAUUAGUCCUAGCUUGCUGGCAUCUAAAAAUAAACUUUCGGCUCCAUACAUCACUAAUUUAUAAGUUCGUCUACAGGCAGAUGUUUUUAUUCUAUACUCCGUAUUUCUCACAAAUGGAUUCCUUUUUUCAUCUACUGCUUGGAUAAUUCAGAGUUCAGGUGCCCUUUUAGACCUCUAACUUGUCUUUGCUGGGGGGCUCUGAAAAAGAAGGUCUUUUUUGUCUCCUGUUUCUUCCUUCCUCCUACAAGUCUAUCUUGCCAGAGCUGUGUGGUAGCACCUGCACAACCUGGCCAGCCAAUUUAGCUGUCACCAAAUGUGCAGACCAUGUUCUCCUGGUAGCUGCCCUGGGCUGUUCCUUUGUGAUCUCCCUACAGAUAGUACCUUCCAAUCUUCUAGAGUCAGCCUCUGGCUUUGUGGCCAGUAGUUGCUUACUGGUUAGUAUUAACUAGCUUUUGUGCAAUUGCGCCCUAACAGUUUUGUUUUUCAGUUCUGUGCGCUUCAAAUACAAUACAAAUAAGCUGCUAGGGGAAGAGACCAUAAGGCCAGAUUAUAAAUAUUACAUAUGCUUUUGUUUGACUGAAGCAUCUGCUUCUGGAAAGGUAUUCUGCCCCAUGCCCUCCUGUCACGUUUAUUUUCAGCUUGAGCAUUUUCUAUCCCCACACAGCACAUCUGAGGAGCAUUCAUCUUGCGCACACACUAUUGCUCAUGUGUUAGCAAUGGCAGACCUUGACAGGUAUGUGAUUUUGACAGCCCAAACUAUCCAGCGCUUUCCCUUCAUGUCAGUUACCAGUUCAUUUGAAAUAACACUUCACAAGGAAACAGGACUGAUCACCGAGACAAUGAAAAAGUGGCAAAGGACAGUGAAUACUUUGCCACCGGUCCAUGUCAGCCAUUUCUUUCUUUCCAGGGGCCAUUUUGUGCAACAGUGCUUAGAUGAUUUCUUUUUCUUUUUUUGCUGUUGCUGUCACAAAACUGUAAACAGAUUCUCUCAUGAAAAAUGACCUUGAGUGCUGGAGUGAUAGAGGCUUACUUUGUUGCUUGGAACUUGGGAAUCGAGGCUGAUCUGUCUUCUGAUAGACUGCAGAGCAUCUAAUCCCUUUUGCGGAUGGCAAAGAGCAGAGCAAUCCAUGCCAACUCUCAGGCGGCUGGGGAUUGUUGUCAAGCCAGAAGCAAGCGUUCCAUUGGAUCCUGCCUGGUGCUUAAAGAGGAAUACUGGAGGCUAAAGCUCUCUGCAUGGAUUCUGGAUGCUUUUGAUGAAAUAAUGCUUUCCCCUUGUGCUGAUGCAAGCACCUUGGCUGCCGUCCAACUUUUUCUGCUAGAUGCUUCUUGCCCCUGGACAGCCACUUUCCUGUGGUGCUUCUAGUCUGCAAAUCUUUUCCACAUGGUAUUUUUUGGGGGAAGCUUAUUAUAAGACGCAGCAAGGCAGUAUUAACUAGAACAAUUCUGUUUAUAAUCCACUCCUGUAAUCAACUGUCCCUUGUCAUUGCUACAUAGAGACACAACACUGCUGUCAGUUCUACAUUUUUCUUUUGCUCUCUCCUUUUUUAUGAGCUUCACUUUUCGAGCCCUUCCAAAGUCCUAAUCUUCCUUUGUUGCAUUUGUGGUCCAGAGGAUUAGCUUUGUGGUUAAGUUCAGAAAACAUUCAAGUUGACUCAGAACUCUGGGUAAUGCGGUUUUCAUUUCCUCUGCCCUUCAUAAACUGGCCUCAGCUUUGUGUGUAGUGUCAGUCAUCAGAGGUCCCCCCUGGUGAAUUGCAGUACUGUGUCUUCAAAGUGAAUUGGGUUGAAUCGUGGUUUUUUUAGUCUUCGUAGAGCUACUGGUAACCCUUUCCCCUCCUCCUUUAAUAUGCCCAGGAUAGAAAAGUGACUGGUCACAUUUGCUAAGGACGCACCAUUUUGCCAUGGCUUAAGAGAAAUGCACUAGGUGCUCAGAACAAAUCUUAAGGUUUUGUAUCAAUGAAUUUAGCAUGCACUGAAUAAUUGAAUUAGCUUACAUAUUGCAUUCGGCUUCUAGCAUUCCAGAUAUAUUUCUUACAAAUCUUUAAUUGCCUUAGCUCUUUUCAUUCCUCCGCAAGUAACUGCUACCGGGUACAAUACCAGAGAAGAAGGUAGCAGGGGCCAGUGGCAGCUUGUACAUUGCCACUUACCACUGCUGCCCAGUGCAAAACCUGCUGCAGUGAUGGCUAGAUAUCUUUAGAAAGCCCAUCAGCCCCAAAUAGUUCCUUGCCUAGAAUCCCCAUACACUGGUGGGCAUGCUAUUUGAAUAGCAGAGACCCUAUACAGCAGAGCAUGUUUCAUUGUUCUGCUCUUUCCUUGUUUUAGUUUUAGGGUGCUUUUGAGUUGUUGACAUAUUGUCAGAUCAUGUAUCAUUUCCCCCAGUUUCUUUAUCCUUUCUCUUGGCUAACUGGGGCUUCUGCUCCUUGACUCCUUUCCCAGGCAGCCAAAGGCCUUCUCCCAGGCAGCUGCACCCAUAAACAAAGCUGAUGGUGUCUGGACACGAGAGUUUCCCCUAGAAUGGCACAUUUGCUGGUAAAAUCAAAGAGCGAGGUACCUAUGAAACAUUGGCGCUCCCUAACCUGUUCUGGAGCUUCAGGGAAACCUGUGUCCAACCCUGCCACAAAUUCUUAUGUUCAUCUGCCUGACUGGUGGUCACAUCCAGCGGAGGGAGAUGGUUAUGCCAGAUGAAAGUUGGGACCCAUCCGGGAAACAAAACAUGUUGAGAGAGAAAUGGACAAAUCCACACUUUCGAAGUCCAAGUACUUUCCUGCUAAUCGUCACAUAGAGUACAUAACCCAAGUAUUGGCCUAUACAGAAAUGAGCCAACUUUUACUGGGUUAUUCAUCGCUGCACAUAAUAACUAGGCUGUGUAAACCUCUCCAUGCUUUAAUGAUCUCUUGUAAACAGUGCAGUGCAUAUUUCAUUGUGGCCAUAUGCCCUAUCAUGUGGCGUUUCUUAUUUAAACCCCUACUGGAACAUGCCAACUAAUUAAGAUUCAGGAAAGGCAGUGGCUGUGAUUCUGUGGAGCGCUCAUGUAUAGAUGCUGCCAGUGAAAAUUGUGCUAUACUAGCAGGCUGCAGGACAGGUUGAUGCAUGAGGUACAAAUGUGCACUGGAAAGGAAGCGAAAACGCACACCUGGAAUAGUCUGAAUCUCAGGUGACUUGUAGCCAAACUAUUGCUGAUUUAUGGGAAAGAAAUGUGUUCUACAGGAACGGCUGUAAAAAACAACAACACCAAACCAAAUUACAACAUAUGUGAGAUCUUGAAAUAUUAUUUGUGGUAGGGGAAGCUGUUUAACCCAGUUUUAUUAUAUUUUUUAAAUUGUCCUUCUUUUCUUUCACGUAGGAGCUCAACACAAUUAACAGCAAAGCAAACAAACUAAUCCACAUACAAAGGGCAGAAUUUAAUGUGUGAGCAAAUUUCCAAUCGUGCCCAGUACCUCCCCUUUCCCUCUUCCCCCUUGCAGCCCCCCCCCCCCACUAUCCCAAAAUCUGUUCCAGAGGCUCCCCAUACCUUUUGGAGAAGACUCUGAGGUCAGUGGAAGGCUCUGGGAAGUGGGGAGAAGAGCGGUGAAAUUCCUCUGGGCAAGCAGAAGUCUGUCCUUCUCCAGCACAGCAUUUGAUAAUGUGCCGUACCCCCUGUUUUAUUAAAAAGCAAUCAAAUCAGAAUUUAAUACUACAAUAAUACAAUUAGCAGUCAGAGAAAUAGGAGAAGAGGUCCUGUCCCGAUGUGCCUCAGUAACGAGUUAAGACCAGUAAUUUUUAUUAAAUCCAUUUUUCUUUAAAUGUGUGCUCUAAUGCCUUAACCAACCUUGUUUUUCCUUUGAAAAGCAAGUUUAUCCUCCACAGUGAACUUCAUUUGUGUAAAAUUUACUUCCGGUUUGGUCUAGUCAAUUUUACCAAUCUGAAAUGUAUUGGGCAAGAGGUGAUUGGAAUUAGGAAAUAUGAAAGCAGGGACUGAAUAGAUUCUUUCCUCUACUGCCGAUUAUGUUUGUGCUAUUAGAGCCAAUGGAUGGAGGCACCCUUUGCAGUAAGGAGUAAGUCACUACCAUUUUGCUCAACAGCAGGGGUGGCUAAUCUGUGACUCUCAGGUGUUUAUGGGCUACAACUCACAUCGUCCUUUACCAUUAGGUGCUGGUGGGACUUGGAGUCCAACAACAUCUGAAGGGCCACAGAUUUCCCAUCCUUGUCCUGCAGAAAUCAAACUCGGUUGCCUUAACCAGACAGAAUGGAUAUCUGAAAGGUCAGUUAGAAUUAACAUAGAACAAGGAUUGUAGAAAAAAGAAAAACCCAGCAGACGUGGAACUUGGCCCUUGCCUUUUGCAGUGACAUGCUGGUCUUUGGACCAGAUAAAAGGAACCUGUGGACCUCCAGAUCUUGUUCAACUCCAAGUCCCAUCAGCUUUAGCCAGCAUGGUCAGGGGUCGGGGAUGGUGAGAAUUAUAUAGCAACAUUUGGCAGUGGGCAAAUUCCCUAUAUUUAAACUUAACAGUUCUGCAUGAAGCUCUUGCAUACUCCACUUCAAGACUCAAGACUUUGUUGACGGUAUCAAAUAUCGAGAGAAAUGUACCGUAUUGGCCCAAAUAUAAGCCACACUUCCCCCCCCAAAAAAAUAUAUUUCAACUGUGUAAAGUUAAAAUGUGGUUUAAUUUGCGACCUUACAAAAAUUGGCUGUUAUGAUAUCAUUGCUGAAACACAUACAGUAAAACGGAACGGGUGUGAGUGCCAGCAGAAUUUUAAGGGAGCGGCUUAUAUUUGGGUAUUGUCUCCCCCCCCCCUUGAAUUUUAAAGGUGCGGUUUAUAUGCAGUUGCGCAUUAUAUUCAGGCCAAUGCGGUAUCUGUUUAAGAGCUGACACCAUGCCGGAAAUGUAACGCAUAUCUUCUGAUCUGCUGCAUUCAUUGUAUAAUCUAUUUUUCCAUCUUGACUUUUUUCAAUGUGGCAGAAAUUUUGCCUUAGGGAAGAAAAAGAGCAGACCUUCAAGCAAGCCAGCUGCCUUCCUUCAAUGGCUGUUCUAGAUGCCUGCCAUGUUUAGAUUGCAUGAGCAUGUGCCCUGGCGCAGGUGUAACUGAACUCGUGGCUUUCUUUUCCAGACCAUCAGAAGAUGUGCUACUCUGCUUUGGUGCUGGCUAUGAUAUUCUGUAUGGGAGAACCGCUGCCAUAUCAUCACUAUGGUGAGAAAAAGCUCCACCACAGGGGGUGGAUGGCAAGCUGCCACUGAGCAGAGGAUUUCUGCAGCUUUUUUAACCUAUAAUUAAAGAGAGACAGCUUGAUCCGAGAUUGCUCUCCACAGUCUGGGAAACGGCUCACCAAAACGCUUACAGGGAAUAUGAGAACUGGAUGGAGCCCAGAUGAGUGAAAACUUGCUUGGUCUUCCCUUCAGAACUGUGUGUUGAAUUCAGCUUCCCCGAGAUCAGGCAGGGCAUUUGUUGGAGGGCAGCCAUAUCUUUCUUAUUAGCUGAUAAAUUACCCUAAGCCUUCAACUCCGUCCUUCCACAGUCUGUGUCUGUCUGUCUAUUUCAUUUAUACCCCAAGGAGCUCAAAGUAGCAUACAUAGUUCUCCUCCUCAUUUUAUCCUCACAACAACCGUGUGCACUAGGUUAUGAUGAGAGCAGGGGAGACUGGCCCAAGGUCACUCAGUGAGUUUCAUGGCUGAGUGGAAAUUUGAACGCUGGUCUCCCAGAUCCUAGCCAGGCACUCUGACCACAACACCACGCUGGCUCUCAGUAAACCACCCUUUCAGGGCAAACAGCAGGUUGGGAGGAGCAACCUUUCAAGGGAAAAUAUGCAAGAGGAAAGGGGUUAAAUCUCCCUCUCCCAGCACCAUAGUCACCAAUCCUAGUCCCUCUCCCCAAGAGCUGUGUUUAACCAGCAGGUGGGUGGGGCGAGGGCAUAACAGGGAUCCAUACUUGGAUUACCCCUCUUUUAUCAUCUAGUUUGGGUCCUCAGUUAAUGGGAACUGUUUGACCUUGGUGACUGCUUAAUACGAAUACAAUACAAUAUGAUCCAUUUAAUGCACAUCAGAUACAGACUUCCUGUCUUUAUCAAGUUUCAUUUAUUUCAGUGGAUCUACUCUGAUUAGGACUUAAAUACAACUCAAACAAAUAACCCCAGUGUCUCAUUUGCUACUCAUUUGUGAAAUGUAGUGGCUGGACUUACAGCUUUGCUCCACAUACCAGAAAUCACAUCCCCUGUGGAGUCUUUUAAAAAUGACAACAGAACAAAAACAUUUCUAAACAUAUUUUAUUUUGCACAGAGCACCUCAAUUCCCAGUUUGUCCAGUUUCUGUUGGAUGUGAUUGAAGAUGGGUUGCCAUCAGACACCACAGACCAGCUGCCUGACCUGUUCAUUAAUGUUCUUCUGGCUUUUAACCUUCACAUUCCAGGUGAGUAAUAAAAGUUUUCCCAGCUGAGAUGAUGCCAAGGUUUGCAGUGAGCUGUGGAAGAUCUUUCACUGUACUUUGUUUAAGUUGCAAGAAGCCUCUGUCUAGGUUUUGGAAUGGGUAAGAUACAGAUUUAAAUAAGACACUUGGCCAUGCUCUACAGGUGGAAAGGGAGCAGAUUUACAUUUCUGAAAAUAUGAGCUCAGGUAUUAUUAAGGGAGAUUUAAACUGCUUCCGGACUUGCCAGCAAGCUCUCAUUUCUGCACCUCUUCCUUGAGAGGGAACGCUUUCUUGCCAACUUGGUAAACAUGGUUGGCAGUUUUCCCCUUGGAACUUUACACUGACCUAUCAGAGCUCUCCUUUUGCACUGUGAUUAGUAUUUCCAAUUGGCUCAGCAACAUGCACACAUCUUGGCGCAAUUCAAGAUUAAAUCCACAGUCACCUCCUUUCUAGCCAGUUCCAUGGCCAGCUCUUCUAGGGCACUGUCAUUUGAGGUGUCUAGAAAUUUUGCCUCUUUGUCUGAGUCAGAACACACACUUGCCCAGUCUGUGUGAGGCACACUGAAGUCAUGCAUUAUGAUCGUGCUUUCUACGUUGGAUUCUUCCCUGAAGGUAUGUCUUCAGUGCAGAAUUAGUUUGAGGCUGGCACUGCCCCCUAGAAUUAUUCUUUGGAUGAAGUUGUUCCAUUGGAGAGUCCUGGUUUGUUUGGCACUGUGCCCUCUUUGAUGUCCACAGUAUGCCCUUCCCUGUAUCCCCCCACUUCUCUUUCCAUUUGGUUUCCUUUUUGCCCACUACAUCUAUGGCCCCCUUUUAAAAAUGAGCACGCCUAUUCUACUGUCUUGAUUUGGAGGCUUCUAUUGGUAGCAUAUAAAUACCUAUACAUGUUUCCCCCUACACCCUUUAGCUUCCUUGACUGGCUGUAUGCUCAUUGUUUAAUAUUAACCUGUCAGUAUUAACCUGUGGACAAUCAAAAACAGUUUCAUCCUCCCCCCCCCUGCUUUCUCCAAUAGGUAAAGUGUGCAUGUGAGAACUGCAAUUUCAUAGUUGUGCUCCAUGAAAUGUGGAGACUCAAAGCUGGGGUGCUGGGAGGAAAUUCCAGUCUGAGACCUCGUUGUAACAAGUACUGGGUCCUUAGCAAUGCAGUUAACUGGGCAUCUUCCUCCUUUUGGUGAUUGGCAGGUGUUCUGCUUAUCCCUUGCUGUGCCUUGUGAAUUUCAUUAGCUGUAGAAGCAUUGUAGGUUAUUCCUUAUAAUGGUAUUCUGCUGGGCAGCACUUUCUCCAGGAAUACUUGAUCUCCCCUUGUUCCUGCCAGGCUGAGCCUUUUGGGAAGCAGCUUAGCUUAGCCUUGCUGUUGGUGAUUGCAGGCACUUUUUAAUGUAAUUUUUUGAGUGAGCAGUCAUAAGCAGGUCAAAACACACCGUGGUAUCAGGCUGCAUCUUGUUAAUCCUGAAUAUCUUGGCAAAUUAUUACGCUGCCAAGUUCUCAUGGCCUUGCCUUAAUUGCUUUCUGCUUUUGCAUAGGAUGCCUUUCUACCUUGGCUUCAUGAAGUGGAAUGGAUUAAGCAGCUAUAAACACAUCCAGUAAUUUGCCACAUAGUAUUUAAGGGAUAACAUCAUUAAGAUAUGGGUUAUAGUAAAGUGUGUGUGUGUGUGUGUGUGUGUGUGUGUAAAUAAAUAAAUCUGUUGCAUUAUUAAUCACCUAAUAGAAAUGGAUUUAAGUCUAUUUUUUCUUCCUUUUUAUUCAUUACAGUUUUAUUCUUUCAGUGCUGGCUAGUUUGAGUAAUUACACUGUUUCACCUGACGGGCAGAGCAUUUAUAUGAAUUAUUUUGCGCCCACCUGGGGUACAGUGGGAAACUGGAACUUAGUCAAGAACUUAGAAACUACUGCUCAGCCUCUUUUUGGACUGCAUUUCUUUUUGUGUGGAAAAAAGUCUAUGUCUUUCAAGCCACCAGAGUGUGUAAUGCAGAAAAGGCCACAAAUUCUGCUUCUCUGAAACCUGUUCAGUGUGUGUGUGUUGUCUUCGGCAUGACGCUUUCUGAAAUGUUACAGAUAUUUCCCGGCAUGUAGAGGUUCUACCGUUUUCUUCCCUGACACAUCUCUGCCUUUCUGUUGUCUGGCUCUGAUUUGCCCUAAGAGUGCCAACUAGUAGUAGACACAGCAUUCAGUAAGUGCAGAUGGAGGGAGCAGUAAUGGAGGCAAAGACGUCACCAUGGCAAGUUGAGGUCCUUUGCAAAUUGCAAGGGACGGCAAGACAGAAUCAGUUGUCUUCUUCCAUCCUUAUGGGUUUCCCUGCCCACUUCAUAUAUAGCCAUAUUGUAUGGUAGGGGACGCGGGUGGCGCUGUGGGUAAAACCUCAGUGCCUAGGACUUGCCGAUCAUAUGGUCGGCGGUUCAAAUCCCCGCGGUGGGGUGAGCUCCCGUUAUUCGGUCCCAGCUCCUGCCCACCUAGCAGUUUGAAAGCACUCUUAAGUGCAAGUAGAUAAAUAGGGAUCGCUUUCUAGCAGGAAGGUAAACGGCGUUUCCGUGUGCUGCACUGGUGCUGGCUCGCCAGCUGCAGGUUCGUCACGCUGGCCAUGUGACCCGGAAGUAUCUUUGGACGGCGCUGGCUCACGGCCUCUAGAGCGAGAUGAGCGCGCAACCCUAGAGUCGGACACGACUGGCCCGUACGGGCAGGGGUACCUUUUACCUUUACUAUGGUUCUGAAACAAAAACAAAUAAGCCCAAAUUCUUAUUAUAACCAUGUAUCUCUUCCAUCCUUGGCCUUCCAAAGCAACUUGCAGUUGAAAAAGCAUAAAUAAUGAAGAAGAAAAAAAUCAUGUAAAAGUGGCAGCACAAUCUUAAGGAAGAAGAUUCUUUAUUUAAGGAAUAAAGCACAAAAACAUAAAAUAAAAUAGAAAGAAAUCUUUAAAAAUAUUCCUCCCUACACAUGAAUAGUAAUGAGAUUGUUGUUCAUGAAACAAGGGGUGGGAGGUAGCUGGUGCAAAGUCAGGUGAACUCAGACCAAUGGUAGCCCUGAUUGGGCAGAGGCUAUGGCAUCUCAAUGUUGUUGAUUUUUUUAAAAAAAAAUCAUUUGCAUUCAUUUGCUGCCUUCAUUACAAGUUGUUCAGGAUGGGAGUAUGAAACAUACAAAAUUAAACUCAAACCAGACUGUGAAAUACUAGCUUUUUCACAGGGAGGAAGGGAGCUGUUGACUACUUACUCCUGUCUCUUCCUCCUGCACUUCCAUGCCCAUGCUGUGUGAUAGAAUGGCAUCAAUUAUGGAAUGUGCGGAAAUAGCGGUGGGCCUCCACUGCGUGGCAUUGUCUGAGCCUCUUUCUGGCUUCUUCCCAUCCCCUGUGGUGGUGUAGCGUAAGUAAGCUCAAUUUUCUAUAUGGUUGUCUGAAUAAUCUUGGCUUCUUAGUUGAGCAGGUGUAGUUUGCUGACUGGAGAGCAGGGAGUUUCACAUUACCUAGCAAGACAUAUUUCUGCAGCUGAAUUUUGCAGCAUAAACCCUGAUGACUAUUUCAGGAGCAAGCUGUGAGCCCCUGUUUUGAAACAGUGCCUGACGCAGUGACUAGAUGCAAACGCACACAGUAGAAAUGAAGAAGUGUGUAUUGUAUAAGUUAAACAUUUGUUCUAGAAUCUUCGACCAGAUUAUGAAUAUGGGCUUCCGUGGCUUUAAUGCUUGAUAAUGGCUAGUAGCAAAUUCAGUAGUUUCAUGUAUGAAAAUAACAAAAAGCUAUAUUUUUAAAAAAGAAAGUAGAGGUAUUGAUUUUUUCCCCCAGGUGUAUAAAUAAUAAAGAAAACUAAUAAAUGGAGGAUACAGGUGACAGCCCAAAGGUUGCGGAGGGGAUACAUGUAUAAAAUGAAAAUGGCAUUUUUAACGGACAACUACAUUACAACACUGGUUGCAUCAUAACAAGGCUUCAUACAGCAAGGGUUUCUCCAGAUGACAUAUUUCUUGAGCAUUCAUCUUGACACGCUUACCGAAAGUUUAUACAGAGUCAGUUGUUUACUGAACAUUGGUCCUGAUUGGUUUGCGAGGAAGUUAUAUGACAGUGAACAGUCAUUCUGAUUUGCUUGCACCAUGUCUUUGUUACUUCAUUUCAUUUCAUUUGUUCAUUUAUUAAAUAUACUACCCUUCAUCCAAAGAUCUCAGGGCAGUUCACAAGAUAAAAAUACAGGAUCAAAGUGCAAAUAAAUACAGUGCUACAUCAGUUUAAGAACUGCCUGGUUUAAGAACGAUUUGAUUUACAAACUCCCCAAAACCAGAAAUAGUGUCUUGGUUUGAGAACUUUACCUCGGUCUACGAAUGGAAGCCGAACGGUGGAAGGGCACCGGCGGCGGGAGGCCUCAUUAGGGAAAGCGUGUCUCAGUUUAAGAACAGUUUUGGUUUAAAAACGGACUUUCGGAAUGGAUUAAGCUCAUAAACUGAGGUACCACUGUAGUGAGAACAAAAAACAAAACCAUAAGCCACCCCCCAAACACUUUUAAAAGGCCAUAGAAUAUUAAUCAGCUUGACAUCUAGUAUAAUGAGAGAGCGAGAACACCCUUUCCCUAUCUACUUUCUCCACACCAAGCAUAAUUGUAUACACCUCUGUCAUGUCUCCUCUUACCUGCCUUUUCUCUAAACUAAAAUGUCCCUUGCCUCCAUUCCUUUAAUAAUUUUGGCAACCCUUUUUAUUGUGAUCUUGCUUCAGCUCUGCAGUAGCUGUACAUGGCAUUCCCGGUGCAGUCCCACCUUAGGCAACAGCAUUAUGAUAUUGAUAUGUUCGUGUUUGUGAGACCUGAUGGAAGUGGGAUGUGCAUCCGGGUUGAGCGAUCACUGUGGGGUAAACAACACUAGCCCUGUUCAGUCAUUGUGCUUGGUUGCAAGCCUUAAACACAAGCAGAGACAAACAUACAGAGCUCCACCAUUACCCAUGUCGCUAUCCCCAUUGUGGAGGAUGUCUAUGAAGCAGGGAGCCUCCUCUACUAAUAAAAGAUUCCCACACAUUGUAGGCUCCUGAAUAAGUGGUGUUCUCAUUGGCACAGAGACCCUCCACUUAUAGAGAGAGACCCCUACUUUGCAUCGCGACGCUCCAGAAGUUGGGGGUGGGCAGUGGAGAUGUGUCUUCCCCCCAGCUCUACCUAUCACUGAUAGGUAUUGUAACUAAGCCAGUUUUAGGCAGCUGGUCACUUCUAAUAAAGCCUGUUUUAUUUCUUAGUGCCUGAGCAUAAUGUGAUCAUGGUUACCGUGAGCAAGCACCCCAAUGUCAAAACCUUCACAGAAAAGCUGCUUCUUCUCUUGAAUCGUGCGGGUGAGUUUGUCUGCAGGUUUCUAUUACUGUUUCGAGAUAACGGCAGCACUAAUGGCCAAGUAGAUCUGAAGAGUGGCACCUGCCGACAUUGCAGAGGAGGGAUAAUUGGCAAACAGUUUCUAAGCUCCCGUGAAGUUUUCUGCCUUUUAAAGUUUCUAGGCCAGGGGAGUUGGUUCUGCCUCUGUGGUAUAAGGAGAUUGACCUGCUGGAAUGCAGGUAAUUGCUCAGUUAGUGGCAGAACGGCAUGCAGUGACCUUAUCUGGCCAAAGAGCUGUAUUCCAGGUGUGUAGAACUAGACAAAGCGCCGUAUGGAGUGCAGCUCCCCCAACAUCUUAACCAUGGUGUCCUUAGAACUGUAUUUUGGGGAACUGAAUUUUUAAUAGCUGUUUGCAAUCACUUUGGAGUGCCUUGGUUGCGAAGCAGAAUAAAAAUAUAAUAAAUAUUUAGUACAAAGCUCUGUGCAGCUGUUUCUCAGGGAUUUUGAGAUCUGUAUAACCAGGGAAGAUGGUAUUGAAUAAAGGAUCUGGUAGCUGAUGUGAAAUCCUAAUAACCCUUAAAAGCAUGCUUUUUAAAAGCAUGCUUUCUAUCCUUGGUAGUCACUGUAACAAACCCAAGGGACUCCCACCUUUGUUCUGUAUUUUGCUUCUGCUUUUCCCUUCCCUCCUUCAAAAGGAUUUAUGGUUUGACAAACUGGUCUUGCCAUCAGCUUUGGAUCUAUACUGAUUCUCUUUGUGCCCAACCUCCAGUGAUAUUUUGAAACCAGGGUGUGUGAGUGGUUGUGUAUGUCUCAACAACUGGAUUUUCUUCCCCAUUGGCACACUCUGUGAACCAGAAACCUCCAGAGUCUAGCUUCUUAGGGGAUCCUGUUGUGUUUUCUUCCUCUCCCAACCCACCAGCUUUUCAAGUAGCCCACCUAUAGAAUACUUUGCCGGCGCUGAACAUUGUGUUGAGUGUGCUGUAGAGCCUAUUGUAAAGCACUUCAUUAAAGCAGGAAAGCAUAGUUCCCCUACACUCUCUAAUUCCCUAAGUAUUCUACCUAUGCCUGCCUAACAAAGGAUUGUGUGGACUAAUGUAUUUAGGAGCAUGGGGGUCCUGCUUGCUUGUGUGUGUGUUCAGGCUCCCUUUACUUUGUUGAUUUGCUCUUAAAUAACUUCCUGUGUUUCAUGCUUCUACUUUAUCCCUGGUUUAAGCCCUUUUCCAGACUGAAAAUGAUGUUCUUAGCACACUUUUAGCUUUUGAAUCUCCUUGCUUUGGCCUCCUUUCAGAUCCUUAGUUGUUGCUAGAAAGCCUACUCUUGACACCUCACUUUGAGUUUAUUUCUCAAAUGCCAAGACUUAAGCAAGGUUCUCCUUGAUCGCCUCCCUACAGCUACCGUCUUUGUCCCUUGUGCAGGAGUAUAUGUCCUGCACUUACACUUUUUCAUGUACGGAGCUGCAGUGAAGUGGUCCAUGGAAGAAGUGGGUGUCUUAGGGGGUAAGCUAAAUGUUACAGUUGUAUGAUCCAUGUGUCACAAUACAGUUUAUGCCAAUUUUCUAUAAAGAGAGGCGCUGAUAGAGAAUACAAGGCGAGGGUAAUGCACUUGUGGAAAGCUUUCUCUCUCCUCCUAGGGCAGUACUGCAAUGGGGAGGGAAAUCUCUCUGCUCUUCAAGAGACUGGUUUCUUUGCUGCUCAGAAACUAGCUAAGCCUCUCCGUCCACGCACAUUGUGUAUAAAUUGCUUCCUUCGGCUAAAGGGAGCUCGUGUCUAUGCAUGUCACAACAAGCUUCUUUCUCUCUAACUUGUGAUCAGACGACCCCGUGUGCAUCUUCAAGCACCAGCCGCAGCCGCCCCACUCCGUGCUGAAAUUUCUACAGGACAUCUUUGCCAGCAAGGACACGGCAAACAUCUUCUACCACACAGACAUGAUGGUGAUGAUCGACAUAAUUGUGAGGCAGAUUGCAGAUCUCUCUCCCGGAGAAAAGGUACUUACAGAAAGAAAAAGAAAGCCCAUGCCUCCUCUUUGGAAGUUUGAAAAAAGAGAGGCAGAACUGAACAUGAGUGAAGAGGUAGAAGCUUCCUGGUGUGUGUCUGAAUGGAUAGACAGCUCUUCCAGCUUGCAGGCAUUUGCCACACACUUAAAAGCAUAUCUUCGCAUCCAGCAGGGUUAGAAAGAUGCUUUUUUUCAUUUUAAGAAAAAGUAAAGCUCUUAAGAAGCCAAAAGGGACAGCCAGUGCUACAGCUUCUACCUUUUGUCGGUGGGGUUUGUGUACCGGCUCUGAGGCUACACUUGCUGUAUCAUGAAGGUGCAUCUCCUGGUCGUGAUGGAAUGCUAGAAGCACAUUAUGCCAAUGCUCUAGAACUGCAGUCUUCAACCUUUUCAGACCCAGGGCCCAUCUUCAACCCAAACAUGCAUUUGGGGACCCACUGCUUAAGUUUUCAGCCACAUAUUUGUGUGGUGGAAGCACUGCUGUUGUGACUCACCAUAGAUCAGGCCACAGUCCGAUACAGUUGUACCUUGGAAGUUGAACGGAAUUGGUUCCGGAAGUCCGUUCAACUUCCAAAAUGUUCGGAAACCAAAGUGUGGCUUCUGAUUGGCUGCAGGAAGCUCCGUCAGACAUUCGGGUUCCAAAGAACGUUCACAAACCAGAACACUCACUUCCAGAUUUGUGGCAUUCAGGAGCCAAAACGUUCAGCUUGCAAGGCGUUUGGAAUCCAAGGUAUGGCUGUAUUAGGUCCUGAACCACCUGUUGAAGACUAAUGGUCUAGAGUCUGCAUUUGCCUCCUAGGACCAAUUCAAUGUGCUCCUGUUUUGCAAUGAAGUUCUAAUAGGUUUGGGGCACCAAUAUUUUGGCAUCUUUAUUCUGAAAUCGCUUUAAUAUCAUCCUGAUAGCAUUUGUGCUCCAAAAGCUCAAAUGGGCACAAAGGUUGUGUUUUGUUCUAGUCUUUCCAUUGCUGAACUACUUUUUCUAGUGAUUCACUAAAAGCCUGAAUUAUGCAUGCAUAAGAUAUAUUUUUAUAUUUCAUAGUUGCAAAGAACAUCUGUUCUUAAAGCUGUCACCCAUCUCAAACUUUUUCCGAUAGGCUAGACUACAAGACCAAUAAAUAUGCAUGGCUGACAGGAUCUUUUCAGAGGAGGGCUUCUCAGUUUAUUGGGCCUUUGGCUGGUUAAGGUUGGGGAUUUUAGCUGUCUCACUUUUUGGAUUCACACAGUGAGCCUGAAACCUAGAGGGAUGUUUCUCUGAAGCAUUAUCUACCAUCUCCUUUCUCCCCUGUGUAAAGCAAUGAGGCUGUAUAUUCUAGAGUCUGCAUUCUUUCUGGCCAGGGUUAGUUGAGUAAUUGUUCUCAUCCCUGAAGCUGCUUGAAAUGGAAGAGGCACAUCUAGCACUGGGAUGUUGUUUAUUGAGCCACCUGAGUCCGAGUCCAGUUGACUAGUAUUUGAAAGCCAUUCAGCUAAUUCGAUUGGUUGGCUAAAUAGAUUUCCAGAACUCCUCUGAAAGUGAGGGCCCCUACAGACCAAUGGGGAAAACAAAGAUUGCAAGGGAAUCUUUCACCUAUGAGCCUAUUCUAUUUGCAAUUGCUUGUGCUGCAGUCUUGCGCUUGACGAACAGAUUGUUUUCCAAUGUUUGUGUUUCCGCUUGUGUUUAUCUUGCUGCUAAAGCCCUUUUCGAUGUCUUCUGUUCCUGCAGCUGCGAAUGGAAUACUUGUCUCUGAUGCAUUCUAUCAUCCGGUCGACGCCAUACCUGCAGCACAAGCACCGUUACACUGACUUGCAGAGGACCUUGCAGCGCAUCAUGGUGGAAGAGGAGGAGAAUCAGCAGUGCCAGAUGGACAAAAUGAUAAUCCAAGAGAUCUAUAAGGAGUUUCCAGAAAUAUCUCCUGGAGACAGCUAACUGGUGCGGGGAAAGGACUGCUGGGGAUAAGAAUGCCUCUUGUGGUUGUAUCCUUUCCAUCCCUUUUUCCGGUACCACUCAUACCUUAUUGUCCCUUCAGGUGAGCCCUAAGGUUUAAGUGGAGUGCCAUAAGACCCUACAGAAGAAAUGUUCAGCAUUUAUGCAAGUCAGUGGGCAGUUAGCUAAAGUUGAUUGUUGUCUGCCCAUUUCUAAGGGGUGGGGCAAAACAGCUGGAGACAAAAGAGGUGUCUUCACAGAUGGAGUGCUUUGACAAGUCUAGGAGAAUAUCCCUCCCUAGUGACCUUUGCACAGGAGAGAGGGCAGAGGCCUGUGACCUUGAGGGUCUUUGAGCUGCACCUAGGAUCCCAAAGCAAGAGGUCUCUGCUGUCAGCAUCCAUUUCCACCGGCAUUUCUUGUCCUGCCGCUACCCAGUGGAGUAGGCCAGUGUUUGCGGCCAGCUUUUGUAACAUCUCGUCUGCUGUGUCUAGUGCUCAAGUGCUGCAAUCCUAGCCGAGGAAGCUGCUGCUUGCUACUCUCUUAGUCCUGUGUCCAGUGAGCCUUUCAGUCCUUUUUAAACCCCACUGCUUGAUCUCUGGGUUAGAGACCGGCUUAUCUGGGGUCUAAUACAAGUAAGCACCUGCUUCUGUUCCUGUUCUAUGCCGUGGUGUUUGUGCUUAAAUUUCUUGCCCACGGCGGCAGCAGAGAGAUAACGAUGGUCCAGGCAGCAGGAGUUCCUUCGACAGAUCUUCUGCCUGGACUCACUGCUAAGGUGUGUCCUUUUUGAGAGUUGCUGCUUGUCUCCUGCGAUGUACUGGCCUUGUUGCCUCUGGCACUGCACACACAAGGACCAUGUAUCUGUAGAUGGCAGCGCACGCUCUUCUCCCUUCAGCCUGGGGGUGUUUCUUGCCUUGAGCUUAAUAGCAAUUGGUUCUGCCUAGCUUUACCUUUUUAUGUCCUGAAGGCUGCUUAAGCCUGGUAUCUGAUAGCUCUGCUCCUUAAUAUGCACAAAUUGGGAGAGCUCCCUUUUCUUUAUCUAAUUUCUCCAGGUCUCCUGCAAAAUGGAUUUGCCUGCUUUUUUCCUAUUUAGAUCUUUCCGACAGGCUCACAUACUAAUACGGGUCUGUAAUAUCUUAAUAAACAUGCACGCUGCCAAAGCUCUUUGCAGAGUGGGUAAACAAGAGCUUUGCAACCUUCAGUGUAGAAGUAGCUUGAAUUAAAACUGGAAAUAUUUGGAUAACCUCUAAACCUAAUGUGAACCAAAUAAAUUAAGGAAUUGCCUUGGGCCAGGGCAUCUGCUUUGGUAUGAUGUCAGUGCCGGGAGCUUCCAGAAUUGGCCAUCAGGUUUGAGCUGGUGAGCAAAGUGUUAGUUUGGGGGUCACUGUCUGAGACGAGUGAACAGCCCUGUUUUUAAGUGAAAUGUUUAAAAUAAAAACCAUUGUGAACGUUGAAAGGGAUUUGUAUUUUCAUAGAAUCAAAUAAACGUAGUCAAUGGAUAAA